AGAGCAGCCAAUGUGCAGCUCGUCUCCAAGCAGAGCCAGUAACAGCGGAUGGCUGCCUGCAGGAGGAGCAGGAAGCUGCUGCUGCUGCUGCACUGAAGAGGAGGAGGCAGAGGUGGUGGAGGAGAAGAGGUGUCUCAAACAGCCACCCUACCUGAGCCACUAGCAGGGAAAUGGACACAUGUUGAGUGAUCUCCAGCAGCAGCAGCAGGAGGGAGGGCAAGAAGAGGCCAGUCACAGCAGCGUGAAUUCGGUGGACCCCUGGCUGGAGGCAGGCAGCUCUCCUUCUCAUCAGCAGCGAGGUACAGUAUAGCCUCUUUCCCCACCCCCACUCCUGCCUUCAUCCCAUCCUGGUCCAGCAUCCUCAUGUCCCUGACAUUGCCAGGUGCAGGGCAGAGAGAGAGAGAGAGAGAGAGAGAGAGAGAGAGAGAGAGAGAGAGAGUCUUCCACAGGGAGCAAAGCUGUGGAUCUCAUAGCAGGACCCUUUUAGAUGGGUUUGCCUUUGCCUCUCUUGUGCUUGGCACACAGGUUUGGGGCUUUCUUUCUCCGGAGUGUCAAGUCCUGGCUGCAAAAAAAUUAAAUAAAAGGAAAUAAAAGGGUGUGAGGGCCCCCUAAGCAUCUGCCAGGGCAGCAGAGGAGACUGCAAGGUAUGUGCAUGCUUUGUGAGUUGUUCAGAGAGCAGAAGAAGGAAAAAGGGGAGGGGGGGCAUUUCAGAACAGGCCGUGUAUGUGUCUGCAUUCUCACCGCCCAGCAUGCCCACAUUUGGGCAUGCCCACAAAAGAUGCCAGUGAUGUGUCCUGCUUGGGAAAUCUGGAGCCUGCUGAACAUGACAAGUGACAAUGCAAACCCCCUCCCCCAGUGCAAAAUCUAGUGCAAUAAAUCAGAAAUCCUUUGAUAUGAGAGAGAGAGAGAGAGAGAGAGAGAGAGAGAGAGAGAGAGAGUAGUAAUAUGAGCUGAGACUCAGCUCUAGGGAACAGGUCUCAGUUUGGGAAAAUUUGAAGCAAUGCAGAUGAGAAUGCCUCUGAGCAUGUGUAGAGUACUUUUCCUCACCAAACUCUGUGCUUGUGGGAUCAGUGGCCAGGGCUUCCAGGUCAGAGGGUGUGGCUGUCAGGUGCAAGCUCCAGCACUGCUCACACACAGAAAUUAACCACCACUGCGAUCCCCCCAAAAUAUGCAUAUGCCACUGUACUCCUGGCACAGACACUCUCAUUUGUGUGUGUGUGUGCUUUUGUAUAUGUCGUGCCUUCAGUUCAGUCCCAUCUACUGCACAUUAUUAUCUCAGUGUGUACUCCAUGUCUCCAGUUUCUCAUCAUAUUCAAGGGUCCCUUCCUCCUCAGGCAGGGGUUUGAACUUUGGGCAUGUGCUAAGUGAGAUUUUGAGCCCUUAUCUCCUGCUCUGUUGCACAGGACACUGCAUCUUGUCCCUCUCUUGGUCUUCCUUUGGCGCCAACAGCCUAUCAUUUGGGAGUGACGUGCGUCUCUCUAAUCAAAUCUGUCCUUUUCUUCCUCCUCUUGCUUCUCUUGUUUAUUGCCAUGGGUCUAACAAGCUUCAGGUAUGAGCCGUGCCCUGACCACGCUCACCGGUGUAUAAAUACAUGGCCUCAAAGCCCCCAUAGUCUGAAUGUAAAAGUGGGGACAGCUAGGCAGAUAGACAAGGGAGUCCAAGUAAAAUGAUACUGGCUUGUAUGAGAGAAAGAUACAUUAUUGGCAAGGCUAUAAAAGGUCAUAAGAAUUAAGAGCUGCUUUAAUCGUCAGCACCAGUGGCCCAUCUGGCCUUAUUAACAGCAGCCUUUAAAGGAAGUGUCCACAGCACAUGGCUUUAAUAGAUUAAUGUCCUUGUCAAUCACUCCCAGUAAGACUUGCUGACUCUUUAACAGCUGUUUAAGCAGCAGAAAUGCAGUGGGAGCAGGACUAGCGUGCAGGUACAGUGGUGGGAGGAGCUCCACUUUCUUCCAGCUUCUGGUAAAGAGAAGACAAAAGUUUCCUUGCCAACGGAGAGCAUCAUGCAAAAAUCUGGUUGACAUCGUAGCCUCUGUCACUGUUUUCCUUCCUCCCCCACUUCUCUCCUGCUUCCAGCUGUUCCUAGCCAUGCAGCUGCCCCUUCCCUGCCUCCUCCACUCUGGGCCGCAGUCCCAUGGAAUGUCUGUUUUGGGCUUUCCACAGAGCCAUGUCCUGCUACUGUUACUGACAUCUACUUUUCUCAAGUUCCCUCCUCCGCCUUACCCUCUUGAGCACUCCCAGUCCUAGUAUGUAACCAACAGAAUGGAGUGGGCAAGGGCAAAUGUCAAAUGCAAAUGAUCCCAUUCUUGCAUUGCUGCAGUCUUGAACUGCCACCCUUUUGUCUGAGUAUGGUCUCGGCGGGGGGAAACCCUUGUGAAGAGGAUGUAUAACACACUGACCAUAAUGGAAAGGGAGUGCAUGCUCAGGCUCAAUCCCUGGCAUUUCCAGUUAAAAUAAUCAGGUAGCAGAUAAUGAGAAAGUCCUCUGCUGCGCUGCAAACCCGUGGAGAACUACUUGUCAGUCAGCAUAAAAAAUACUGGGCUGAAUGGGACCGAUGAUCUGUCAAGUAUAAGGCAACUUCAUAUGUCCAUCUGUGAUAACAGAAACGUAUACCUAAUUACACUGUGUGUGUCCCCUUUUAUCCUCACAACAACCAUUUGAAGCAGGUUGGGCUGAGAGAGAGGGAAAGUGAUUCAGUCACCCAAUGAGCUUCAUGGUUGGAUGGAAAGUCAAACUCAGAUGUCACAGGUCAUUGUUGAAAACUCAACCCCACAAAUUAUGUUUCUAUUUUGGAGUCGGCCCACUUUGUCAGUCCCUUCUCAUGGUGUUCUAUACAUUUUGAAAGGGGGAAUUCUUUCAUUUUAACAUUCUAAAUAAAUGAGUAUUGAGACUCAUGACUAUUGAGACUGCAUGGAAAGUAAUACUCUCCAACCCAGAGGUCCCCCAAGCACCCCUUAUUCACGGCAUCAUAGACACAUAUGUUAAUGAAUGGACCAACCCAAGUUCAGUGUUAGAUAAGAGAAGGAAGAUGUUUCAUAUGCAGAAAGUCCCCAGUUCAAUUCCUGGCAACUCUGGUUAAAAGCAAAGCAAAACAAAAAUAAGAUGGUAUGCGGGUGUUAUAGACAGAUAUACUUGGUGCUGCAUUUAGCUAGAAUCAUCUACAAUACAUGCAUAGGAGACCCUAAUUCAUUUUUAGACAAUACCAGCAGCAGUCUUAACAAGCUGCUUGCUCUGGAGGCACUACAUUUAAGUUUACAAAACUUCUUUUGGGACUAUUCAGGAGGAAAUGGUUUGUCAAGAUCAGCCCAAGCCAACACAAAAGACAAUGAGUUGAAAGUUACAGAGGCAAAUUAAAACAAGAAAUAAAGUGCAUGUUUAUAAUUGCAAUUAGCAAAAGCGGUAGAUGCACUAUUACAGGGCAGGAUGUUGGUCAUCUAAGCUGUACAAUAGCUAUUAUUGGUCAAGGAGCAGUAUUUUGACAUUCAGGGAUAAUUAGAUGUUGAAGCAACAGCAGGCUCCAGCUUAGUGAUUGCAGGGGCAUUCCUUGUCUCAGAAAUCUAUUACUGUCUUAAUUAUGGUUGGGUUUAGUCAAAUUCUUAGCCCAACAUUUACCAGAAUUUCUGCAAGCCUGCACCAGGAUGUUUCUGACACCCUUCUGUGAUGAAAUGUUUUCAAGAAAGCUGUUUGCAAUGUUUUUCCAGGAGCUCUAACAAUGUAUGACUGAGGUUUAUUUCAUGUCAUUAUUUCCUCAAUUUGUACCCUAAGAGCAAUCCUAUACACGUCUGCUCAGAAGUAAGUCCUAUUAAGCUCAAUGGGACUUACUCCCAGGUAAAUGUGUAUAGGAUUGCAGCCUAGAUCCACAAAAGCAGUUUAAUGUUACCUGCAAUCCUUUUGCUUAGAGACUUUUGCAAUUCCUGUCCCAGAGGAGAGUUUACUUCCUCUCCCAGACAAAACAACCAUUUGUAUGCUUUAAUGUACGGAGACAUACACAUAUUGAAAGCUGACCAGCACCUAAAACUGAAAUGGAGCUCUUUUUAAAAAACCUAGCCAGGUGGGAGGGGGGACCCUCUCAUGAGUCCUAUUUAAAUCCAGCAAGGAAGCAAUGCUAUCCACAGUCUACUUAGUCCAACUAUUUUGAAGGGAAGACAGAAAAUCCCCAGAGGGCUAUUAAGAGACCAAGUCUCUGCUCAGUGAAACCCAGUAGCUACGUAGGGCUUACGCAAACAGAGGGAUUACUCAGCUAUGCUUCCUUGAUUAGCUAUAAAUUACUGCCUUUUAACCCUUGCAAUCAUUUUCCUUUGCUUUGCUGUUUAUUAUUUACAAACAUCUGUUGUGUCAUCUCAAGCUGUUUGCCUGUGCUCUCAAAGUCCUCUUCCUAUCCCCAUAAAGAGGCUUUUCCUCCACAUAACCCAGUACACAGCACCCCCCCCCCAUUUCUUUAUGAGAUUGGUGACUGGAAUGGCACAUGACUCUCCAGAGGAGGACGUCAUUAGACUAUCAUUAUUAUUAUGCCACACGCCAUUCCUUUUACAUCCUGACACUUAGCGGCAUGCAAUCUGAGCCAAGCAAGUUGUUGAGCUGUCCAUAGCAAUAUCCAGGUCACUUUUCUGAGUGCUUAUAAUUAAUUUAGAACUCAGUGUCUUGUGUAAGGGUGUCGCAUGAUUCUGAGCUCUGGCUCUUAACUUUCCAUUAGUUCUUAUUCAUCACAAAUAUAGCUACACACCCUUGCCAUUUUUCUGGUCCAGAUGUCCAUGUGUUCUAUCCUUUCUCCACAGGUUAUGCCACGCCUCAGACUUACUGGUUGCCUGCUAAUGAAAGAGAAGGGUUGAUAUUUGCCCAAACAUUGCAUGACGGUCCAUAGAUCUUAAACCAAGAUGGCAGAUGGAAAAAAUGCUCCUUUGGGAGGCAUCUUCACUACAGUGCAGCAGGUGAUUUUAAUAUAUAUAUAUAUAUAAUUUGCUUAUCAAACACUGGUAAAACACUUUUGCUGUGGAAAAUGAGAUUUGUGUACAAAUUACUUCAGUUAUUUUGACUGAAGUUCUUUGACUAUGAGCCCUGCUCAGAGUCUUCUCAGUUCACACGUUAUGUGGGAAAUCUAUACCCUAAUUAGUUCACUGGUCUCAAGAGGAAAAAAGCUUAACAGAUUUGCACAACCAGUGAAAACAAGUCUUACAGCACUUAAGACUAACCAAAUUUAUUUAUUUGAUUCCAUUUAUGAAUUGCUGCCCAUAUAUAUCUCCAAGCAACUUUACCACAAAAACAAAGACUAUAAAAACAACUUUAAACAAUUCCGUCUCUAAAAACAAAAACAAUUCCACAUAAAAAAAAAUUCAGAUCCUAUACAGAUUGGGAUAAAUUGUGACAUAAGUUUAAAGCUAGAGCUCUUUAAAUUUUUAAGGUGUCACAAGAUUUGCCUUUUCUGCAGCAGGCUAACAUGACUACCCUUCUGAAGACACUGCAGCAGUGUAUAUUCUUUGAAGUUUGGUACUGUAUUCAAGAAGUGAUAGCUCAAAGCAUUUCCCCUCUUUAAUACCCAGAAAUGAGUUUUAAAAGACAUUGGCUUUAAUCCUAGGAUAAGUUAACUCAAGGAAGGUCAUGGAAUAAGUGUCCAGUUCCCUUACUUCUUCCUGAAGUCAACUUCACGUCACAAAAGCCUCUUCAGAGGGUGAAGGCCCAUAUGAAUAAUGUGCAAUGGGGCACAGGGGGUUUCUGGGAAAGGGGAGAACUGACCAAAAGUGGGCAGGCCUCCACCUAAUUUUGGGCAAUUCCCCGAUAUGUUUUUCAGUGGGUGGGGGUAUUUGCAGGGGCAAUAACAAGAAACCUUAAUUCCAUAGCUUUUAAAAACUUAACUUCUCUUGGGAUCCAAGCUCUCCUGUUUUUAAUAUAUAUUUGUGGACUGGGCUUUGCUAGUGAUGUUCAAGAGAACAGAAAGCCUCUGUUUACAGAUGGUUGCAUAGGACCAACUUUUUCUAUAUGGAUCAGUGAUACUAAUCAGCCAGUCAUUUUACAAUAUUAUAUAAUAUAUCAAUAUAGCACCAUUUAUGCAUAAAUUGCAAAAGAAUAUUUACAAAGAAUGAGAGGGCAAUGUGACAUAGAUUUGUUGCUGAUAUGACAUAAUAACCUAUAGCCUUUAUCAGACUAGUGAAAGCUGGAGUUAUCUGAUAGGAAUCUAGAAGUACUGAAUGUAAGAUUUUGGAGGUGGAGUCGCUCAUUCUGCAACUAUUGUUACAAGGUUGCCCCAGGUGAUCAAGUACUCACUAUACCAAUGGUAUUCAUUAUAUCACCUGUGGAUCAAAAGAUAGUUGCUAUAAAUUUUUGGCACAUGAAGCAAAUAAUUGCGGAUUUGAGCAACUGACUGAUGUGAUUUUGUGAUAUUAUGAAAUAUUCAUGUCUGUAAGAAAUGACUGGUCCUUACUUUGUUUUCAGUCUCCAUGUGAAGUCCUCUGAAUAAAGCCAUUUUAAAAUUAUUAUUUUUUUACAUUUGGAGUGUCUAUAUCACAAUAUGUCUGCAACUUUGAUUCCCUAUAUGGAGGGAAUCUAGUAAUAUAUUCUCUGCCCUGCACCUUAGACCAGGCUCCUUCAAGAUCCACCAGAAAUGAUGCUUCAAAGUAAUCCUUAAUGUCUAAAAUGAUAGGUGCAGGGCUUCAGGCCUUAAAAAUCCUUUAUCAUACUUUCCGCUGUGUAAGUUCAGCUGUGAUCACUCCAUGCUGAGUGAAAUGUGCUUCCUUCACAACCUUGCAGGUACUCUUUAAAUGCAUCAGGAAGUAGUCCUGUAGCUGAAAGCAAAUUCCAGGGCUGAGCCCUGUCUCAAAUUAAGCCCUUGUGCAGGGGGGCCCUGCCUUUCCAGGAGCAAUGGCAACACUGUACCUACACACCUGAAUGUGUAUGUACAGAUGCACAGUAGCACAGAUAUUGUAGCUUUUUUUACUGUUUAUCUAGGGGUGGGUGUUGGGAGCUGUUCAGCGGUUUUACUUCCUAUUCUGGUUCAGCAAGGACCUGUCACUGCUGGGCCUACUGUGUUGCCAUGGUAACCGAGGAGUCCACAACAGCUUGGCACCAGCAUUUCAGGCUAAAUUGACAGGAAUUCUUCUUCUUUUAACCAGUGUCUGCAGCUGAGGAUUGGUAAGGGGUAAAACUGACAGAGCUCAUAGCUGCAGGAUUGAACUGUGGCCCUUGGAAAAGGCACAGGGAGGACUGAAAUGGAUCCAGAAAGAAAGGGGAGAUACCCAGAGCUGUACAGUACAGUGGCCAUAACAGAUAUUCCAAAGUGGAAGAUUGUAAUGGAGAGCAUGGGAUGGUGUCAGGGCCUGUGGUAAAAACUCAGGAUAGAAGAAGGCAAGAUGGAAGAAAAAGACUAGAGGAUCAGAUGGGGGGGGGGGAGGACUGGGAUUACACAGGUGUGCUCUGCAGGCAACCAAUAGGAAACAUCAGACAACUGUGACAUGGACUCGCCAACAUUGGAUCCCGCGAUCCAAGCCUAUGUCCUAUAUUUCCUGUUCUACCUGUCUCCUGAGGUGAAUCGCCAUUUAUCCAAUCUCUUUUUGGCUUUGCUCCUCCCGCCCCUCAAAUAAACUGGAUACAAGGGAUCUUCUCCUUUCUGGAAUGCAGGAGGGGAUGAGAAAGAACUUGACAGUUAAAAUAUCAGAUUGUGAGAGACACUGAUCAUAGUGGAGUGGAGAGAGAACAAGAGGAGAGAGGGUAAAGGAGGGUCUUGAACGGAUGGAUUUGGACACAGUCUGUUGUUCACCUUCUGGAUUUCUAAAAUUGUACAGUGCACACGACAGUAAACUUCACAGUCCCAAUCUGGGGAAGAAGGCAGACAAGAUUAGGAAGGCAAGUUCAAUUUAAAUGGAUAUCAGGGUGGACAACCCUGCCAAGCAUUUUACUCUCUAUUGUUUUGAGGGCUCUUGUGACCCCAUCAUUGUGAAAUGUGAAUGUGGGUACUAUUGGGGAAGGAGACUGGGAACAGGGAAAAGGGGUUAGCGUUUUUCUAUGCCUCUCUGUAUUAAGGGACUGUUUUCAGGCACCGUGUGAUUUAUCAGUUCUGCGGAUUGGUGUGCAGGAUGGUGAGGAUGCUGAGACGGCCUUUCCUGGCACGGAGGAUGAGGAGGAUUUGGACAAGACCUUGGCUAUCGAACGGUUCGGAGACUUGAUCAGCAAGUCUGUGCUAAGAGACCAGGAGAAGCUAGGUCGCAGCUACAGCGAGAGCGACUUUGAAUGUACGUAUGUCUUAUAAACAAACUGGCCCCAGCUUAUAAUCAGAGCAAAGACCAAGCACAGCCUUUGGGUAGGAACCAUAUUUAAUGGUAUGGAAGGCCUGCUUACAAUAGCCUAUUUUGGGGUUGCCGUAUUUCAAAAAGUGAAAAUCUGGACACAAGUUGUUGAUAUUUUUAGUGGGGAAAAAUCUGGAUUUCCCCAGGAAUUUUAACCGAUUUCUGAAAAUCGCCUGGAUGCUAUUUUCAGCAGAUGAAACCUGGGUAUGUUCAGGAAAUUCCAGACGUAUGCCAGCCCUAUUUAUAUAUCUCCUGCAGAACAAAUUAAACCCUAGCUUAGCCCAGUGUGUGCAAAACAUUUAUGGUCUUUCCACACCAUCAAGCUGGAAAGUACUAGAGUUUACCCAAUCCAACUAGAACCGAAACAAAUGGAAAUGAUAUUUUAAGAAGCGAACUUUAGAUUCUGCGUUUCAAAAACUUAUACGUACUCAACUUUUGCAACACUGUUUGGAGAAUUUGGUGAAACAGGUGUGUAUAUGUCAGUAGUAACAUUUCAGUGGCAUAACUCAACAUUUUCAAACUGAAAUUUGAUAUCUAGGGAAAAAAGAAUUCACAAAUACAAGUUUCAAUUAUUUGACUUCAAAUGUUGUCAUUAAUUCCAAAUAUAGACAAUAUAUCAUAUUGAUCAGUUACUGUACAAAUUAUCCAUUUGUCUCUCUGACUGGUGGCAAUUGAUUUUGAGUAGCUAAUAUCUGAUUUCAAGCCAAACUGGCUAUAGACAGGCAGUUUUUUCUGUUGCUGCCUAGAAUUUAUCAAAGAAGUUAGUUUCAGAUAUUCGUCCAGCUGGAGUCCCAGAUAUCAGGUUUCAACCAAAUUAUUAACUUUGUUUAUUUCUGUACUGUUAGGAAAAAUAGAGGGGGGCAGUGGGAGGUGACAAGAGUUUCUUUGUGCUUGCAGGUGAGGCAUAUUUUCCUUGUUCAUCUAUCCUGAGAGAGAAAGAAAGCAGCAGCAGCAGCUGUUUCUUCUUGUGUAGAGUGUACGGUGAAUACACAUAUAAUAUUUUAGAGCAAGCAGGCUGACCUGGAAGCACUCUCACUGGUUUCAUUCUGAAUGUAACUUUCCAUUCCAUGGCUGACUUCUUAAGAUUUUUUUUUUUUUUUUUGCAAGUUUGAGGUGGAAGUUUGUCAGUGCUGAUUUGCUACUAGAUACAUGCAAUAUCAUCAAGAACCCCCACCCCUAAAGUAGUUUUGUACUUAAAAAUAUAAGUACUGGUAAUAAGGCAAUCAAUGAAUUGAUAAAUGCUCAUGUGGCACUUUUGAAAAAUUAACAAAAAGGUGGACAGUUUUCAUGAACUAUAGGGGAGGAACAAGUGACAGGACAGCUAACUUUUUUUCUAUCUAGAUUUCCCCCCAAUCUGGCUGCUGGUUGAGGUUGAUGAGAAAUGUAGUUCAAAACUACUGGAGGGCACCAAGUUGGGGAAAACUGUCAUUUCUGUUGUGCAGCUUAGAGAAAGCCCUGAAAAAUAGACAGUGAGUUCUGUUUUUAUAUUAUUUCUGUUUUUACCCUGAUUGUAAUAUUUAAAUAAUUAAGUAUGAAAUGAAUCACUAUUAGUGAACAUGCUUGGAUUUUAGCAAGCCACUGAUUUAAAACACAAGGCCCAUUGUCAACUGCUGCAUGAUAGCCCCCAGUACCAAGCAAAGACAGCAUGUGUGGCUGGUGGUGCAUGCAGGACUCUGGGGUCUAGGCACACAGCCCAAAUAUCUUGCUGGCAGUUACAAGCUAAAAUUUGGUGCGUGAAGAAUCCACUAUUGUGUUAAGCAACUGCUCCCCUACCAAGAAUUGAUUGUGAACAUAGGCCCUUGGAUCCACUUCCAUCUAGUUUUAGGCCUGCUUUGGGGACUAAACCAGCUUUGAUUGCCUUGAUGGAUGACCUGUAUCAGGAGAGGGACAGAGGGAUUGUGACCUUGUUACUCUUACUUGUUCUCUCAGUGGCCUUUGAUACCAUUGACCAUGGUAUCCUCCUGGAUUGACUGAGUGGGGUGGACAUUGGAGGCACUGUACUACAGUUGUGCUGUUCCUACCUGUGUGGUUGAGUCCAAAGAGUAACACUGCGGGGUGCACUUCAAGCUCCUGACACUUGUGCUGCGGUGUUCCACAGGACACUAUUUUGUCUCCAAUGUUAUUUAACAUCUACCUGAAGCCGCUAGGAAGCUUAGGGCAAAAAAAUCAACUGCAAAGGGGACUUGGAGAUUUGUACAUUUUGUAUGAGAACUACCUUUUAUUUAUAUAACAAAGAAUUUUAGUUGAUUUGACUAUGGUUUUACUGUAUAUAUCAGGGGUAGGCAACCUAAGGCCCAUGGGCCACAAGCAGCCUAUGGGGGUCAUUUAACUGGCCCACAAGCCGCCCCCAAACCAAGCUGCUCACUUGGUGAGUCCCUGUGCGCUGCGCUAAACUGGUGCAGCACAAUGCAGGGACUCACUUCCGUGGCACCGGAAAUCGCAUGUGCGCAGACGCAGAUGCCGCAAAUCGCAUCUGUAGAGAGGCAGACAUCAGAAAUCAUGGGUGCACACGCUCACGCGUACACACAAUCCAGCCCAUGGAGGGAUCUCCGCUGGAGUGAACUGGCCCAGGUGAGGUAAACAUUGCCGACCCCUGGUAUAUAUAGUGACUGUUGAUGUUUUUGGAUAAUGCCAUGGCCUUUGGCUAGUGCAAUAAAAGUUUAUGAAAUUUAUAUGAAGUUGUUGGGAGCAGUCAUUAGGAGUUUUGGAGCAUGUUGCCAUCAGUACCCUGAUGACACACAGCUCUUUCUCCAUAGUAUCUGAAACAGGAGAGGGCGUGCAAGCCCUGGUAGACUGGAUGAUGGUCAAUGAAAUGCGUUUGAAUCCUGGGAAGUUGGAGGCUAUGUGGGUGGGUGGUUCCUCCUGUGUGUGGAAGAUAAGCCAGUGAUUUUUACAGUACAUAUCAUUCCUUCCUCAUUUCCCACCAAUUAAACAUUUCUGACCAACAUUUAUUCUGCUUGCCCCCAAAUGCUGGCUGUUGCAGUUCAUGGUUUUCUGUUUCCAAAGACAUGGUCUGGUUUGUUUACAAGCAAAUGACAGCCCUUGCACAUGCUGACAUGUUUAACUGCAUGUGCAGUUUUGGUGCUGAUGGAGACUAAUUCUAUGUUACGUUGCUAAGCUGCACAGAGCAUUCUUCAGCUUCAUUGCUAAAUUCCAAAUUAAAAUGAUGUCAAACUCCAUCAGAUCUUUGACCUCAGACAUGCAGGGAUGCCUGGUAACAUCCCCCAAACCAGAGUGCUCUGAGCUGUGAACUGAAAGCACUUCAUUUCUAUUUUAACACCAGUGUCCUUACCCUCCACAAACGACUAUAAUAUGCUAUAUUAAGACUCAGCCGCUUCAUAUAAGUAGAGAGGAAUGUGGUGUAGACAAACCUAUUUUAGAAUAAACCCUGAGCAAAGCUUUGAUUGGCCUCACCCAAAAGGAAUAUUUAUUUUAGAAGAACACAAUGGUCAAAUACUUGUUGUUUUUUAAAUUGCCCUAUGUCAUAAUAAUUCUAGAUCCAAUUCCAGGAUGACUUACUCUCUUGGCCUAGACAGUAAAACACAAGUCUGAGCCUAUGUUUGGUAGGCAGUAUCUAGUUAUAGUAACAAUGGUGCAGGUUAACACUAAAGCUAAAAGAAUAUAGCUUAGGACACACCUUUUGUAUAAGCCAUGGUAUAAUUUGGUAUGAUUGUCAUAAUCAAAUCCAUGUCAUUCUAGGCCAAUUGUAUUGCAGUUCCCAUGGAGACAGUGCUUGAGCUAAUUUCCUUCAACAUCAAAGCUAUAAUAAACUAGCAAAUAAGUAAAGCAUUGAAAGCAAAAACACAAAACACAAUGAAAAAACCACAGGAAUAUUGAUGGAAUCUGAUCCAUCAAGUUAUGAUCCAUCAACUUAUUUGGGGGCUUUGCUUGGCAACAUGUAGAAACUUAUAAAUGUUAUGGCACUUCUUCUCCAUGUAUGAUGAUGGUAGUUUAAGAUGUUUUAUACAUGCUGGAUCCUUCAUGUUGUCUUGUCACUUUUUGAUGGAGGAUAGUAGUCAGGAGUAUAGAUAUGACACAUAAUAUAAUUUUUAUAUGAUAUCUGCAUGUAGAUUAUAUUGAUGAAAAUUACAAGUAUGCAUUUUCACAGAAUAGUCUUUGAGAAGUUGUUGUUAUUGUUUGGCUGUAAGAAGUUCAAGCUUCCUACUUGUGGCACACACCAUUGUUUAGACCACAUAGCCUGAGUAAUAACCACUACUGAUUCAGAUCCAGAGACUAUGGCUUAUUGACGAAAGGGAGGCAAAGUGAAUGCUAAAAAGGACUGGUAAAAUUCAGGGUUGUUUCUUACUUACAGAGUUAGACUGAUGGAAGCAAGAUGGCAGCUUUGGAUGGUGAACAGAGUUGUAUGGUGCACUGCUGUUUUGAGGGAAACAUCAAUAUUGUUUCUUGGAUUGUUUCACUGACAUCUGAUGAUUUCUUUGUAUUUGGGGCUACUCAGCAGUGCUCAUUCAUGUGGAUGCUUCCACUAUCACAGUCAUGAACUCUACUGGAAUAUCUUACAAGGCAGGUCUGACUUUGGACAACUAACUACAUCAGGGAGAGUAGUACUCCAGAGAGUAAUGCACAGGCAAAGCCACAGCUGAGCCCAGGAACAAGAACAAUCAAGAUUCUUCUUUCACAAAGCAUCUCUACUUUAUAAGCAUAGCUUCACUCUGAAGGCAGCCCCCUCAUCCUCAUCAGACCACGUCUAAGGGGAAAACAACAUAUUACACAUAAAUGUGGGCAAUGACACAAUGGUGUCAUUUUUUAAAAAAAUGAAAAACAAGUUUUUUUAAAAUGAAAAAGAGGCUGCAGAUUUGAUAGAACUGGUGCGGAGGAGAGGGUAUUUUUUUUAACUUUUCCCCUCCUGCUGUUUUUCCCUGAUUCAUUUAUCUUUUUCCCCAUGGUGGGGUGGAAGCAGCUUGAUUGGAAAAUGGCUAGUGGGAAAGAUUAAGCACCCCUUUCUCAUCACUCCUCCAGUCAAAUUUGUGGCUUCCUGGGAAUGGUUUUUCAUUAAUAAUAAAAUGAUUAUGACUUUGUGAUUUGUAUUUGUGUGUAAAGUGUAAUUUGCCUGGUAGAAAGUUGAGCAUCCUAGACAAAUAAUUAAAGCCAUCUCCUAUUGGUUCCUUAAAAGAUAUUCUGGAACUCUUCUGAGCCUUGCAGCCAUUUCUCAUGCAUUUUGCUUUGGUUUGAUAGGACUACUGUGGCCACAAGCCCUACUUUACAGAGAAGAGUUCUCUAUUUGAAGGGCUAUCCAGUCAAACUCCAGUUUAAGGAUAAAGAACUAUAGGAAUGGAGCGCAGGAGCCUUGAAGUUGCCCAUCACCAGUUAACACCUGCUCAGUAGACUGCAAGCAUGCAGUUCACCUUGCCCAUGUCUUCCCACUAUGGUGAAAUCUAUUGUACUUCUGUUUAAAUGAUAGUCAUUCUAUGCCCACCCGCAAAUAAUUUAUCUCUACAUAUAUAUCUCUGCUCUCUUCUCUUUUGGGUGAUAUGUUUCCUCUUUUUUGACAAUGUGUAAGUGGCUACCCUAGAUGAAGCAGUGAAAUCCUCACAUCCAGGACUAGUUGGAGUCCCUGCCUCUUCACUGUGCUAGUAAGCUAUAGUUUCUAGAUUCCAUUGGGCUGCUGCUGUUACUUACUCAGUGAAGUGAAAUUCGUUGUUUUUGCCCCUUUAUAUAGCAUUCAUCUGUUGCUUUAGCAAAAGUCUUGCCCUAGGCUGCCACCUACAGCCAUGUUGUGGUAAAGCUGAUCCUGACUCAAUUUUGUUCAUUUUCUUAAAAUAGAUCCUGGUAAUGCUUAAUGGUUGAGAUAGAGUUACAGAGUUUUGCAAAGUUAGAUUGAGGGGAAAUACUGAAUCCAAGCAGGAUGGAGUGGCUUUCUGAUAAUUGCAGUUUACUGAUUUAUGGCUGAUUUCAUUUUCAAAUCACUUUCCAUGUUAAAGACUGAGAAUGGCUAAUCUGUGAGGUCCACUGCUUAGAGAGGAUAUUAUAUUUGCUGGGAAGACCCACCCACCCAAAGAGAGAGAGAGAGAGAGAGAGAGAGAGAGAGGGAGAGAACUGUGGAAAUGCUGUAUCAUGGAGGCAACAGGAACUGAGUAUUGGCCUCAGGAUAGAUAAAAUAUGCAAUUCUGAGAUAUUUUUGGGGGGCCUUUCUCUUAGAAAGCGCUGUGGUCUAAACCACUGAGCCUCUUGGGCUUGCCAAUCGAAAGGUCAGCAGUUUGAAUCUGUGUGACGGUGGUGAGCUCCCAUUGCUCUGUCCCAGCUUCUGCCAACCUUGCAGUUCGAAAGCACACCAGUGUAAGUAGAUAAAUAGGUACUGCUGUGGUGGUAAACAGCGGUUUCCAUGUGCUCUGGCACUCAUGACGGUGUCCUGUGCACUAGUAGUGGUUUAGUCAUGCUGGCCACAUGACUCGGAAAGCUGUCUGUGGACAAAUGCCAAGGGGGGCAGCUGUCUCCCCUAGAGCAAGUAAAACAAUCAAAAUAUUUAACUAACUGACCAAUCACAUUGGUUCUGCCCUCACUAACAAAAGUCCUGCACCCCUAACAGUCCUGUCCUCCCUAACAAAAAUCCUGCCAGCUCUCUUGUCCUGAAAAGUGAGAUGAGCGCUGCACCCCAUAGUCAGCUUUGACUGGACUUGACCAUCCAGGGGUCCUUUACCUUUGCCUUUACCUCUUAGAAAGUUUAAAACCAUAUGAAGCAGAUGCUGUAGUUUCUUUCUUACAGUGACUGAGAAAGAAACGGCUGUGUUGCUGGAGGGGGGCAUUGCUCAGUGGUAAAGCACGUGCUUUGCAUACACUGGGUCCCAUAAUCAAUCCUCAGCAUCUCCAGGUAGAUCUGCAGAGUCACUGCCGGUCAAUAUAGACAGUACUGAGCUAGAUGGACCAGUGGUCUGACUCAGAUUCCUGAGUUCUUUGGGUGUGUUGCAGUGGGAAUCCUAGCAAGGAUAAGAAAAGCUUGCCAAAAUAGAGUAUAGGUGUUUUUUGCCUUUUCUUCCCCAAUCCCUGUUUGCCAUUCCCUGCAGGAUGCUUUCCUGCCCUCUCUCCAUGAUGCAAUCCCUCCCUCUGUUUCUUUCCCACAGUCCAUCGCCAGACAUCCCACCACAUCCAUCACCCUCUCUCCACCCACCUGCCUCUCCCCUACAAGAAGAGACUCCCCCACUCUGACAGAAAGAAGAAGAAAAAGAAAAAACCAAGAAAGACCUCUGUACCUCCCUCUGAUGUCACCCCCACCAUUCAGGAGGUGGAGGAAGAGGAAGAAGAGGAGGAAGAAGAGGAAGCAGAAUCUGAAGGGGAGGAGGUUCUAGAGAAGGAUGCCUCGGCAGAGUCUGACCUUGAAGCCUCUCCCAAAGGAGAGUCUCAUGGCAAACCAAAAGCAGGGCUGGCAGAAGGAAGCAUUGAGGUGAGAGAUUUCCUGCUCACACAGCAACAAGGGCCAUGGGCUUGGAGAUGCAUAUACAAGAAUUAGGUACGGUGGAAACAAGGUUGAAAGAUUUCCAGUACCCUCUGUGUUACGAUGAGGCAGUGCAGAUAUUUUGUAGUGCUGGCUGACCCGACCAUUAGUCAGAGUGUGGGUGUUAACUCAGGCAGGUUUUUAGCAUCAUGAAAAGAUAGCAAAGUGUUAGUUAUUUCGUGUAUUAUUGUGUAUUUAUUUCUAGAGUGAGGUGCUUUUGACCUUUUCUGUUUCAGACGCCAAAAGAACUUGGCCAGCCUCGACUUGGGUAUGUGUGUGUGCCAUUUGUUGUUCUGCCAUAGGCAGUAAAACUUUUGGGCCAGCCCUGAUUGUAUGUGAUUGUGUGCAUGUGCAUUAUCUGUUAAAGACUGGUGGAAUAAUCAGAUACAGUGGUACCUUGGUUUAAGAACAGCUUAGUUUAUGAACAACUUGGAUCAAGAACGCUGCAAACCUGCAAGUAGGUGUUUUGGUUUGUGAACUUUGCCUUGGAUAAGAACAUGUUUCACUUCCCGUUGAGUGUGUUCUAUUUGUAAAUUGAGUCCCCUGCUGCUAUGGGAAAGCACACCUUGGUUUAAGAACGCUUUGGUUUAAGAACAGACUUCCAGAACAGAUUAAGUUCAUAUACCAAGGUACCACUGUAGUAUGAAACAGCUGGAUAGUAUGAAGCAUAUGGGGGGGGGGGGAAAUGGGUGGAUGGCAGUUUUCCAAAUGAUAAAGGCUCACAGCCUUCCUUCUUUUUGUCAGUCUUAGCCAGGGCAAUAGGAGUGGCAUUUCCCAGGCUUCCUGACUGCUGUGCCAGAUAUGCUCUUUGCUUUGCUUCGUUACAGUUUAUCAUUGGGAGUGAUGAGGAGAAAGAGGAGGAGGAGGAGGAGGAGAAGAAAGCCUGUGGCAGCCCAUGCCCUUUGCCAUUUCAUGUGGCAGAGGAAUGCAGUCACCUCUCUCCACUCCCUUAUCUCUCUGAUCUGCUGCCAGAGAAGGGACCUAUUUCUUUCAAAAGGUAAGAGGGCUCAGCUCUUUACAUUGUUUGGGCUUCAGAUGGGAUGCAGAUGUUGUGGGUAGUGAAAGAAAGGUGCUGGUAUGUACCCAAUUCAUGACCAAAAUAUUAUUCUGAAGACCCAAACACAGGUGGGACUGGGCUUAAUUUGAGUCACAUGUAAUCCAAGUUUAGUUCUAGAACCUAUUUCCAAUUUCCAAGUUCAGUCCUGGAAUUUGUAAAUAGCUAGGGAGUGUGGAUCUUUCUUUUCAUAACUGAGAAACAUGUGUGAUGCCAUCAGUGUGCUAUAUGCUUCUGGGCAUGCAUUAGGGAGAUAUAAGCUCAAUUCUCUGCUUUGCCUUGAAGCCCUCUGGGUGACCUUGGCCCAGUCACUAUCUCAGAUUGUCCUAUCACUGAGGGUAUGUUGUGAGGAUAUUAUGGAAUAACCCCCAUGUACAGUGCCCUGAACUCUUUGAAGAACAUGAUACAAAUGUGAUUGUUAACAAUAAUCACAACAGGCCCUCAUGCACCUGAGAUUAGAGGUCAGUUUUCCCAGAUAGAAGACCUGCUUUCCAAGCAAGCUUAAGCAGUGAGCAGCUUUGGUUUUUAGAAGUGCAAUUCUAAAAAAGGAACAUCAGAGCUACCAGCUCUGAUGUAACAAGAUACUCCAUUAAUUGGAUGGAGAGGGUUCGUUUGCAGGGUUCAUCCUUCCCACUAGGAAAUAGCUUGUUUCUGCUGAGGCAACAUUCUCCCUUGCUUCCAGGAUUGUUUAGGAGAGAUCAAAAGUACGUAGCCAGUCUCGUUCCCUGGCUUGUCUCCUUUUAUAGGAACAACUUUUCCUAUUGCAAUGCCUGUGCCAACAUCACACCCUCUGUUGCUGGUCUCCACAGUUUCCCUGGAUAUAAAGAUAACAGAGUUUGGGACAAGCGCAAACUUUGGAGUCAGGUGCCAAGUGGGCAACGGGCAAGCUACGACCUGAAGGAGAGGGUGUGUAUCGGCAGCAUGACCGCCAUGGAGAGUGCCACCUACCAGCGAAUUCCCACAGAUGAAGCUGAGGCUCAGAUGCUGGCUUCUGCUGACCUUGAUGAUAUGAAAAGUGAGGUUCCAAUUGGGUCCCUGGUGAUGGGGGUGGGGGUGAUAGUGAUGGUAUCUGUCUGCCAAGAUUCUCUCCUAGUGCAGCACUGAAUGAAUAUGGGAGGCUUAUAAAUGCAUAAAUAUUGCUAUGCUGCAUAGAACAAUAGCCCUUUGUACUAAAAGUGGGCAAGUAGAUUGCACAGUAGCUUUCACAAGAAAGACACAAUGAAGGUAUAUGUACCUUUUGUUUAUCCCUCAUAUAUUAAGUACUUAGAUGGAUACCGCCUCUAAAAGAGGUUGUGUUUUUGGCUAUCACUGCAUGCUCAUUUAUAUUAAUGGCUAUUAUAAUAUCUUCUAGCAACGGCUUCCAUAGGUUAAUUAUGCAUUGUGUGAAGAACUGGUUCUUUGUUUGUCUUUAAGCCUACUGUUUCUCUGUAUUGAUCAAUAACCACAAGCUUUUGUAUUUGCGAAGAUUUAUGAUCCAAUCCUCCACAUAUUUACUCAGAAAUAAGCCUCUGAGUUCAAUGGGACUUAAGUAACUCUUAAGUAAAUAUGCAUAGGAUUGUAAGCAGAGAAUAAUUGUUCCUGUUUUCUCUGUCCACCCCAGUCAUGGUUCUGCCAACCACUGUUUGUACCUCCUCUGACCACCUUUUUUAUGAAGAGCUAAAAACCUAACUGGUUCCCUAGACCCCAAUUGAUCCCUCUACUCUCUGAGAUCAGCACAAAUAAGUCCUACUUGCACCUACUCUAGUGUCAAAUUGUUUACCCAAGCUACUUAAAAAUAAUUCCUCUUGAGCUAACGUCAGAACUGCCUCCAUCUUCCAGGCAGAAAUAGGCACACUUUAAGCCAGGCAUAGGCGACCCUGGCCCUCCAGAUGUUUUGGGACUACAAUUCCCAUCAUCCCUCACCACUGGUCCUGUAGCUAGGGAUCAUGGGAGUUGUAGUCCCAAAACAUCUGGAGGGCCAAGGUUGCCUAUGCCUGCUUUAAGCCCAGGUCCUAAGAACAAAAUAGCAGCCCUGUUGAAUCAGAUCAAAGGCCUAUGUUGUCUAGCAUCCUGUUUUUCACAGGGAUGAACAAGAUGCCUAUGGAAAACCCACAAAAGCCCUUUCCCACUGUUCUCCAGUAACUGAUAUUCAGAGGCAUGCUGCCUUUGCUUCAGAAGGUAGUAUGUGUAGCCAUCAGGACUAGCAGCCUCCAAUAGCCUUGCCCUCCAUGAAUUUGUCUAAAUAAUUUUUAAAGCUUGUCCAAAUUGGUGGCCAUUCCCCCAUCUUGUGGUAGCAAAUUCCAUAUGUGAUGUGUGAAUAAGUAAUUCAUUUUGUCUGUCUGGAAUCAGUUUCCUUGGACGAUCUCUAGGCAAUAGCAGUCAGUGUGGUUGGGCAGUGAUAUUCACCUCACCUCCAAACAGCUGAGUUGAUGCUGCUAAAUGGGAGAGGAGGGGAGUGGGGGAGCAGUAGGAAAUUCAGCACAGUGCAAACAUACUGGCAGGAGUGGCAGAUUAGCUCCAUCAGUAGAUCUGUGCUUUGCUGGACUUCCCACUGCUUCUCCCCCCUCCCCCUCUCCUUCCUGGUAAGCAGUAGGGACUCAGCUAUUGGGAAGUCAGGCGAGUGCUGCCACCCUGCCAUGCCUUCCACUACUGCCCCCAAGUUCAAGUAUUAUAGGAAAGGAAGAAAAAGUCUCUCUAUUCAGGCCCUCCUGAAUAUGUCAAAAAUAUCCUAAAUGUUGCUGUAAGUCAUUAGAUAGUCUCAGUGCAUAAACACUGCCUUAAAGGUUUAUUUAAAAUGUGCAAUGACUUUACUGAAAGGAAUAUAAGGUGUGCGAGUCUGGAACAGAGGUAAGAAAAAGAAUGGCGCUGAAAUAAAAUAAUGGGAACUUAGCUUAUAUUUUGAAAUUAACUCAUAGGAUACCCUUACUUGUGAGGCUUAAAUAAAUUUAUGCUGAAAAUGUAUGAUAUGAAUGUAAAACCUAGUUUUUCUUUGGUGAUGUAUCUCAUGUUAACAACAUUCAUAUGUAACAUAAACGCCACAACAAAUGAGUAAAUGGCAGGGAAGCAGGAGAGCAAGAUUUGGUAAAGACUCUUGUCAAAUUAUUCAGGCAUGGAGGGGUCAAACUAGAACUUGCAAGGGAAACACAGAAUUCUCAAAAUAACACUAAUGUGGGGAGUGGGGGGGCAUUUGCGGGGAGAGAAUCAGCAGGCAGGAUGGGAGUGUGUAGGCUUCCACCUGCUGAUUCUCCCCUGGAAGUGUCCUUCCCUUGGACUGAUUAAUUCCCUUCCCUGGAGCUAAAAACUGGAAACUGGAAACUAGUCUAAUUGGGGGGUGGGGGUAGCUACCUAGGGGCAUUUUCAGAGGAUAAUCAACAGGCAAGGGAUGGUUUGAACACUGCUUUCUUCCACCCACAGAUCCUUCUCUGUGAGUGCCAAGCACUGCCAUUACCUCUCCAAAGGUGAAGUUGGGUGCUUGCUUUUGACAAGUGUGGCCCAAAGCCAGGAAGGAAGCAGACUGAAAUAGGUUGUGUGGGGAGAUUGAUGGAUAUGAAUCAUCUGAAUUAAGCCAACUAGGCAUCUAUCUGUGACUGCUCGUAAAUGAAGCAAAUAGCAUUUUUAGAAAAGGACUUUUUCUCAGGACCACAGCAAGGAGGAAAAUGGUUAAAUUUCCUCUCAGGGCUGGAUGGGAUAAUCAUUACAUGUUAAAUGCAAAGACACAUUUAGCAUCAUGUGUAGUUUGGCACUUACACAGAUAGUGCAGUGUGUCAGGCUCCCAACUUUAUCUCUCCAAAAUCAAGUAUUUAGAACCCCUUGCAUAUUUCCUCUCCACUCUGGGAAUAUUUUCCCCUUCCUUCCCCCUCCUCUCCUGUCCCCAUAUUAAACAUGGUUUUGCAUUAUUGUGUGCUGACACAAAUCAUAGUUAAAUCAAACAAGGUUCCCUUAUAACUCUUGCUUACAAAUCCACUUCCUUUUCAGGGUUUGAUUCCUGCAUAAUAUCCUGUUCAUACCAGGGUGAGGUGGGUCAAUGGUCAAUGGCAAUAGUUCUGUAAUAUCUGCUGUAUCCUCUUGCCAGCCCAAAACUACCAGGGCAAAUAAUUUCUGAGUUGUUUCUUUCAACAAUACUUUAAGGAAACACCACUGUAAUCACUAGGGCCAGAAAAAUGCAUGUUCAGUGUCUACAUGGAACUUUGCCAUUCAUUCUUCAGCUUAGUUCACACCUACACUCCCAACACUGUAUUCAGAAUCCACUGGUGAGGAUUCUCUAGGCCUUAGUGUCCUAGAGAAAAAGUCUUGAAAUACUUAACUUCCUUUCUAGCUCUGGCCAGUGACCCACAGUCUAGAUGUAGUCUUCUGUUGCCAAGGGCUCAGUUUUGAUUUAUGAGUUUAUGCCUUAAGAUGCUGUCCAUCCAUAAUUGACUGGAUGGAAUUCUGAGAUGAUCAGGCAGGCCCUGUAUCUUCCCAGGAGUUUUAUUUUCCCUACUGACUUUCUUGGCUCAGAGUUAUCAGCAACCUUUUGUCUUCUAAGAGAUCUAUGUAUUUUAUCUCCUGAAGGGAGUGGCCACAUUAGAUCCAGUUUCCUGCUCAGAGGGUCUAGUAUUGUUGCAAUUGCUGAAAAGUUUCAAAGGCAUUAGGAUUCAGUUUAUGUACAUGUGCAUAUAUGGGCUGUGCUCUAUGCCAUGUCCCUCCCCAUAUGCUGGUUCUUUCUAUGUGAGAGCACAGAAGAGACGUCAUGGAAAUGCCAGCUCUGAGCCCCAGGACACAGAAAAGCCAAUAGGCUGCUUUCCAGGCUUCAGUGGGAGGAGACACCCAAAGAGUGUGGGGGGACACAACAGGCAGUGCCACAAGCCAAGGAACCUCUUCCAGCAGCACAUGUAUUGGAUCGCCUACAGCAAACUUCCUACUGAGCUGUGGCAGCGAGCAAGGAUACAUAUAUGCUCCCUUGGACUCCAAGCAAGCAGGGGAAGUCUUUACACUUUUCACUUGCCUAGAUGACGUAUGCUGGCAUUUCCUCUCAAAUCCUGUCAGAAGAAAUCUUGAAUACUGGACCUAGCAGCUUCCUGUAUUGUUUGCUGCCUGAAGAGCUUCAGUCAGAAAAAGGAUCCACCUGCUAAGUCCUGCUCCUUGCCAAUGUUGUGAUUGUCACAUGCCCCUCGACUCCCACCUUCUUAAGGACAUAGCAAUGGCUGUUCCAGACAGAGAGGAUGCAGUGAAGGAGACAGGAGUAGGAGACAGCUCGGAAGUAGGAAUAGCCAUCUGUGUCGGUAACUCUUUUGGCUAUGAGGACUUUGAGGAGUUUGCGCUCAAUUUUGAAGACUAUGAUCUAUGGGAGGCCAUCCAGAACCACUUGGGCUACCCUAACUUGGACCCCACCCGUAAGUACCUGCUGAGACUUAUACACGCACAUAUGCACAUUCCCUCACACAACCUGAUCUCAACUUUGCUUAGAGUCUAGUCUUGAUUGGGUGACCAGGUUCAAAAGAGGUCAGGACCUUUAAUAGUUGUGCAGACAAUCUCAUCCCUGUGUGACAAUUAGCAAACAAAAAAAAUUCCUUCUACAGAAUUAUUAAAGGUACAGGAAUGUUGUCAGUCUUUGCAUCUGGUCAUUCUCUGUGUCUACCCCUGGGUACAUACAGAGCACAGGGAAGUUAUACCUUGCCCUAUCCCAUAAACAUACUUUCAGGCAUUUGUGUUAUUUUGGCAUGGAGUCUAUCUGUACAAAUCUACAAAGGAUGGGAGACUGAAGACACUCAAUGGCAGUGUAUACUUCCUCAUUCAUACAGAAAUAGUUGCGCUCAUGAUUUUGCAGUUUGGUUCUAGGUUGUAAUUUGUAUUUUCUAGAAAUACGGCUUUUGGUUACAGUUACACAAGCAUCGUGUUGUUCUUUUUUUUGAAACUAUUUUCGUUGAUUUUUAUCCAUAAAACCCAAGUAACAAAAUAAACUGUCACGAGACAAGCACAUAAAAACUAAACCAAACCAAAUCAGGGUUGGCAUGGAAAGUUACAUUCACAAGAAGAAGUCAUAAAGCUGUUUAUCCUGAUAUAUGAGCAUAAUGUUAUAACAUAUAUUAUAAAGUGCAACGUAUGCUGAUUCUACUGAAGACACACUCACAGUGAAACAUACAUCUUGUAAUCCUACUCAUAUGCACUAAAACCAUAUUGUGGCACAGAAAACCCUGGGUCUUAAUUUAUCACCCAGGAGUUUCUAUUAUCAGUGCUGGACAGAACCACAUAGCGUACUUGCUAGAAUUGAGUCAGCCCAGGCUGAGAAGCAGAGUGGGGGCUUGCAGUGUUUAUUUAUCCAAAGACUUUCCUUUGGGGCCCACAGCCUCCCAGGUCAAUUUCCAUCAUGAAUACAUAGUGAGAGAAAUAAGUGAGCAGCUCUGAUCUUGGGACGUACAGGAGGAAUGUUUUCUAUGCUGCUCAUUGGAGUUCUGGCUGAUUUAGAGCAUGUCUAAAUCCUACAAUUUAAAGCUGCUAUCGGCCCUUUUGAGGGGGCGGAAUAUAGGCACCAUACAGAUACAUGUACCGUAUUUUUUGCACCAUAACACUCACUUUUUUCCUUCUAGAAAUUAAGGGGAAAUGUCUGGGCGUGUUAUGGAGCAAAUGCCUACAGGUGGCGGGGGGGGGGAUCUGCUGCAGUCGUGAGCAGAGGAUCCAUGGAUCCCCUUCCUUCCCUCCUCCGUGGCUCGCUUUGAAACAGCAAAGUGGGAGAGGAGCCGCUUACACAGGUGUAAGCGGCUCCUGUCUGGUUGGCUGCUUUAAAGCAACCUUGCUCUCUGUCCCUCUCCUCCCCACUCAGCUCGCUAAAUAGCAGCAAAGCUUUUCAGCUCUCUAAGCUGGGGAGGAGGGAGAGAAGCAGAGCCUGCUUGUUUUAAAGGAGCAAAGCGGGAGAGGAGAGGAGCCUUUUCCCCUUAUGCCCCUCUUCUGCAUUAUUAGCAGCAUCCUUCUCCACCCACCCCACGCAUGCUCCUUGUCCCUUGAGUGCUUUUCCUUCUCUCCCCACUUAAAACAUGGUUACAAAGCACGGAUCCACAUGGAUCCUCAGGAUUUUUGCACUGGGUUACCCCAAAUUCACCAUCAGAUCACAUAGCAUGUCCAUGUCUAUAGCCUGCACCAAAAAUAUCACGCAUCCACUGUUGCCUGGGACCGCAGUGGUGCAAAAACGUGGUUACAAAGCAUGGAUCCACAUGGAUCCUCAGGAUUUUUGCAUUGGGCUCCCCAAACUCACCAUCAGAUCACAUGUCUGUGGCCACAGCAUGAACCACAAAAAUCAUACAUCCAUUGUUUCGUUUAGAAUAUUUUUUUCUUGUUUUCCUCCUCUAAAAACUACGUGCGUGUUAUGGUCAGGUGCGUGUUAUAGAGCGAAAAAUACGGUACUUUCCCCAUGUGGUGCUAAGAGCAGAAGGGUUUUACAUCAAUAAAACAGCACUGGGGGAAGAGAGUUAAAUCUCCUUUCCCCCACAACUGCUGCAAUCAGAAUUGCAGCUACCAAAUGCCAUUUAAUAUUUCUUUUAAGAAGGCAGGAGAUCUUAUUAUGGACCUCCCACAUCAGAUCUGUUUGUUCUUGAAGCACCAAACUCGACUUCUGUCUGCACUGCUCACUCCCUCUCCAAGGGGAUGUCGGGCAUGGGAGGGGGCCACAGAUGUAUGUGACUGACAUUUGAGUAGGCUAAUAUUAUUCUCUAUGUUUAUAAUAGUCAAACAAUUGCACCUGACAUGCUUUAUACAUUUUACACAAGUACACGAGUUAUACACCUGUAUUGCACAUAUAUUUGCCCUCAGAUGUUAUUUCUGUCUCCAGAUGAACGGUACAACUUGCCUAUAGAAUUAUGAGCACUACAUAUAAUAUGACCCCAGAAUAGCAGCUCCAAGCAGCUAGAGUGCAUUAGUAUUGAUGAGCACUUAUUGGUUUUUGUCACUUAUGUAGCUGUAAAUGGGAUGGUGUGGUAUCCAGCUGUCAACAGGCCUCAAAUCAGGCGCACAGCCAGUGGGAGGAAAAUCCCUCCGGCAAUGUAUAGAUUUUGUUUAUAUUUAAUUUACAGUGCAAUUUGUAUAUGACUACUCAGAAGCAAGCUUCAUUGAGUUCAAUGGAACUUACACUGAGGUAAGCGUGCAUAGAAUUGCAGUGUUAGUGACCCAGAUUCCCAAGGUGUCAGGCUGUAAAAUGGUCCUUCCCAUGAGAAUGUGGAACAGGGGAAUGAAUCCUAGCAUUGCAGAGGAGACUGAGAGAAGAUAUGAUGACCAUCUUCAAAAAUCUAAAGGACUGUCACAUGGAACAAGCUUGCUUUCUCCUGCUCCAGAGGCUGGGACCUAAACCAAUCAAUUCAAAUUACCGUAUUUUUUGCACCAUAACACUCACUUUUUUCCUCCUAAAAAGUAAGGGGAAAUGUCUGUGAGUGUUAUGGAGGGAAUGCCUACGGGUGGCAUGCCUACGGAUUUUCCUCCUCUAAAAACUACGUGCGUGUUAUGGUCGGGUGCGUGUUAUAGAGCGAAAAAUACGGUACAAGAAAGGAGACACAACAUCAGGAAGAGCUUUCUGAUAGUAAGCUGUCUGACAGUGGAACAGACUCCCAUGAGAGGUGGUGGACUCUUCUUCCUUGGAAGUUUUUAUGCAGAGGUUGGAUGACCAUCUGUCAUGGAUGCUUUAGUUGAGAUUCCUGUAUUGCAGGCUGUUGGGACUACAUGACCCUUGGGGUCCCUUCCAACUCUAUGAUUCUAUGAUUCUACUGCAUUUCAUACUCCCAAGAUUUAUUAAAAGUAGAUGAAGAAUAGAAAGAGGGCAUGGAUAGCUGAACUAUCUUGAGAACACUUGGGCAAUACUGUCCAGAAGUGCUGUAUUGCUCAUAAUUUAUGCUACCUUUCAGUAAUUCCACUGCUGUUGGGGAAAAAUGAGAACCCCUGAACAGUUGCCCUUCGCAGGAACCAUUAACUUAAUCAACCCUCUCUCUCAGAAAACAGCUGAGAGAUCACACCACAGCUCCCAUUUUAGGUCAGAGAAGCCCUCAACUAUAGCAUUUGAACUGAUGGCAUGAGAAUGUCUGCUCUGGCGUUAGCUCCCAAGGCCUGUCUAGACAUUGGCAGACACUACCUUAAACACUGCCUGCUUUUUGAUGUGGAAGAACAGAAAGGCAGAAAAAAGUUGCUUUUUAACUUGUUCAUAAAUGAUCUGGAAUGAAGAGUGUGGUGACACCAAAUUGUCCAGGGUGGUAAAAGCAAAAAGGAGUUGUGAGGAGCUCCAAAAGCUCCACACUGCAUAUGGGUAAAAUAGCAAAUGAGGCUUAAUUUCACCAAGUGUCAAGUGAUGCACAUUAGGCUAUUUCCCCCCACCCUAACUUCUAGGGUCUGAACUGACAGUGACUAACCAGAAAAGAGAUCCCGAGGUCACGGUGCAGAGCUCAAUUAAAAUGGCAACCCAAUGUGCAGCAGCUGGAAAAAAGGCAAUUCCAUGUUUGAGAUCAUUAGGAAAGAGAUUGAAAACGAAACUACCAGUUUGUUAAUGCUGUUACAAUUCUCUGUGGUGCAACUGCACCUGGAGUACUGUAUAGUCACCUCAUCUCAAAAAAGGAUGUUAUAGAGCUGCAAAAAGAGCAGAAAAAGAUAACCAAAUGAUCAAGGAGGGGGGAGCAGUGAUGAAGAACUCCCUUUGGAGGAGAGGUUACAUUUGAGGCUUUUUAGUUGGGGAAAAGGUAAGUAAUAGGGAAUAUGAUAGAAGUAUAGUCAUGGCGAGGAGAAGGUGGAUGCAGAAAAGUUUUUCUCUCCAUCUCAAAGUACUGCAAAUGAGGCUAAAUAUGGGAAGGUUCUUCACAUAGCUAUCCUGUGGAAUUCGCUGCCAUCCAGUAUAAAGUCAGCCACCAACGUGGGCAGGGGUUUAGGCAAAUUAAUGAUGAGGCUAUCAGUGGCUACUAGUUAUGAUCACUGUGUGCUGUCUUCAGUAUUGGCAUGCGUUUCGGUACCAUUUGCUGGGCAACAUGUAUGGUGAGAGAGCUCAUGUUGUACUUGUGGGUUUCCCAUAGGCAUCUGGCAGCCCCCCUGAGAGCAGGAUGCUGGAUUAGGUGGGCCUUUCGUCUCAUCCUGCAGGGCUUUUGCAUUCUUAACCUUUGAUAGAUUACGCCCUAGGUAUUUUAUUUAUUUAUGUGAGGGAACCACAAAGCAAAACAGUAUAAAGUUUGCUCUGUAACAUCUCAUCAUGUGAAACCAAGUUCAGCCUUGUGUAUUCUAAACUAUGCAGUAAUAUGAAUGAUCUUGUCACUACGUGAUAAUAUGCAAAUAGCACACAUAUGUAUGUGAAUAUUUAUUUCUUCUAAAAUGUGGACUGUUUUCCAAAAACAUGCUGAUCAGAGGGGGCAAAUUAUAAUAUUCAAAAGCAUGACAAUCAGAUGCCAAGAUGUUUGCUGUGGGGACAGUCAGCCUGAUACAGUGUUGGGCUAGGACUAGGACGAUCCAGGUUCAAAUGCCAACUCAGCUACAAAGCUCACUAGGUGACCACGGGGCAGUCACUCGCUGCCUAAUCUGCCUCACAAGGUUGUGGUGAGGAUAAAAUGGGAGCAGGAGAAUACUGUGUACUGCCAGAGCUUCUUGGAGAAGAUGAUGAUUAAAAAAAUGUAAUAGAUAAAAUAAUAAGGGGUGUGUCUGUAUACCUGUGAUACAAUAAAAUUCCCUUCCUAUACUGUCACUUACAAAGCCCUGAAAACCCUUCUCCCCACUCCCUGGCAGCCACAGAUAAGCACAUUAUGUGCCCCCACUGCCUUGGCAUUGUUCCUGCAGCUCCUAGAAAACAAACAGCAACAACAAAUUGUAGCUGAGCAGAGGUUUUGCCAUGCUUCAUGGAGUAUAUCACAGCAGUCAUCUGUGCCUCUCUUGAGAUAGAGAUCUAUUGCAUAAGCACCUGCACCUGCUCAAGAAGAGUGUUCAGGGACAAAUGUGUGGGAAUAAAGCCUCUGUUUCCUGGCUGUGUUGCAAACUGCUUCACAGUCAGAAUAUAGAGUAAGACAAGGACAGAGAGGGGCCAUUGCUCAGUGGUAGAGCAUUUGUUUUGCAUGCAGAAAACCCCAGGUUCAGCAUCCAGCAUCUCCUGUUAAAAGCAUCUUGGGUAGAAGGGCUGGAGAGCUGCUGCCUUUUGGAGUAAACAGUACUGAUCAAGAUAGAUCAAUGGCCUGGCUCCUUGUGGGACAUUUUCAUAGCUACCUUGAGACCACAGAAUCCUGAAAAGAGAGGGGCUGUGUAUGCUCUACUUUAAAAAGGAAACAUAACACCCCUAGUCCAUGCCCAGGUUAUCCAAGCUGUGUACUGAGAAAAGCUUAAUUCUGUGUUUUGUAUAAAUUAAGCAAAUUAAAAUGAAUAGGCUCAUUUUUCAUUCUGUUUCUUAUAGACAUGCUGGGGAAGGAAGGAGCUAUGCAGAAUGCUGCCUCCAUGCCCCAGCCUGAGCUAGCAGAAAUUUUGCUCAUUCCUCUUCUGACUGCUAAGUUUUCACCUAGUAUUGCUUACCCAUCUCUUAGGGCUAGAAACAUGGGGCUGAAAGCUGAGCUGCUCAGAUUUCUGACUACGCUCCCAUGGUUGUAGUCAUGGCAUACAGACAACCCUGGCUACAGAAGGACAAGUUGCUGUUCUCUUCAUUCUUCUGCUUGCCCUUGCUCCUGCCCUGCCAUUUUUCUAGGCCACCGUUUUGAAGAUAAUCCAGGAGUCAGAAGACAUCUGGUUAAGAAACCCUCCCGGAGCCAGACUACCAGAAGCAGCAAAAAGUCUUUGACUUCACAGUCUGUCAAGAAAAAGAAGAAGAAGAAGAAGCUUGACAGGAAACCCCACGAGGUAAUGGCCCUGCCUUGUAGAGACCUCACAAUCUACAGGCAAAAUUGGUAGCUUCAGUCAGGUGCCGGCCAUGUUGCCUGUUGGUGAAUUGUUCCCACAGAGGCAGUAAUUAUAGUCAUUAUACGACUGUGUGACCCAAAAGUGAGGCUGAAGCAGUGUCUACAGAGUUCAUGGCAAGUAGGUAAGUAUAGGUAAGUAGUCUUAUCCUAAUCUGUGCUCUUUGGGUCUCCCUUGAUACAAGAUGCCCUAUUUCAAGAGGAGAAAUGGCUAGCCUGGAAGGGGAAACUAAGGGCUCACCCACAUUUUCUGCUUGUGCCAUGCCUAGAAAGCACAGGUCCAAGUAAUUUUCCCUGAGGGAAAGCAGAAGUGUGGAUGAGCCCUAAAUCUUUAGAGACAGUUGAGAUAAUAUGAAUCUAGACCUCCUCCAGUUAUAUUCUUUGUGUACUCUUGGCCCAUAGGCUGUAUCAGAUCCACAGGAUGAAGGCAGGCACAUAUUUCCUCUGAAGUUAUCUCUAUUCUCUCAUAGCAGGUCUUAAGCAUUCUGUCAUCAGCAGGGAUUUCUGGUGCUAAGAGCACCACCCCAUGACAGCAAUAGGUGCUAGGUAGGCUAUUCUCAUGAAAGAACUUGGACAGAGGAAGCAGCUGCAGUUCAGUUCCCUUUCUUUCCUCUGACAGGUAUUUGUGGAGUUGAAUGAAUUAGUGGUGGAGAAGAACCAGGACAUGCACUGGAAGGAGACAGCGCGCUGGAUCAAAUUUGAGGAGGAUGUGGAGGAGGACACAGCACGAUGGGGGAAGCCUCAUGUGGCUUCACUGUCCUUUCGCAGCCUUCUGGAGCUCAGGAAGACUAUUGCCCAUGGUGAGUAACCAAGGUGGGGUUGGGCUUUUGUCCUGAGAUGUAUGUUGACAAGACCUUGAUAAAAGCUAUAUCCUAACCUGCAAACAAAAGACACAAAUCAACAAGAUCUCUCAUGAUUCAGACUCUCUCAAGGGAAGGAGAGAGAAUGGUAGACAAUUGUGGGUUGUCUUCUGAUUGCCAGGAUAUCUUUUCCAUCAUUCAUGGCAGCCUGGUCCUGCAGCUGAAUGUGCAACACUGAAGUCUUGGGCUAAGAAGGAGGCCACCAAAAAGGUUUGCUUUUUCUCACAAGAGGUUCAGAUCCAAUUGAAGAUUUAGGGCAGGAUUCAAUUAAGUUGUUGUGUGCAAAGAAUGAGGUCCACCCGCACAAUGGGACUUCCCUCCUCCUCUUCCUGUGCACUCCCUAUGCCUCCUAAAUCUGCUCUGGAUGGUUGAGGGAGCCCCUAGAACAGGUUUAGGAUGUGGGGUGGGAAGGUGAGGGGGAAAGUCCUGUUGAGGGAAUACUCCAUGGGAGAUUCUGGGGAGAUUAAGUGAUGUGUGAAAUCCCAUGCAGUGGGGUACAGAUACAUUUUUGUGAGUGAGCAACAUAAUGCCCUGAGUCAUUGAGAUACAGUACUGUUAUUGCUGUCAGAAGCAAAGUGGUAUGAGCUAAAAUUUCCUUUGCACAGGAAAAAUGAUAGGAGACAACAGCCUGAGAUACUUUGUGCCUGAGAAAUCUCUUCAAUGAUCUUAAAUGACCUAAACCUAUUGGUCUUCCUGAUCCCAGGAGCUGUUCUGUUGGACCUGGAGCAAACAACAUUACCUGGCAUUGCUCACUUGGUGGUAGAAACCAUGAUAAUAUCAGACCAGAUCAAGGCCGAAGACAGAGCCAAUGUGCUCAGGGCCCUGCUGCUCAAGCACAGGUAAGUAAUGUGCUGGCAUUAGAAAGACAGCAGGUUGGGCUUUGAGUGGCAGGGUCACAUGUGGAAGAGCUGCUGAAUGUUAAGGAAGAGUGAACAGUGGUAUAAAUACAUAAAAGACUGCACAAAAAGACCAGGAAUGGCAAGAGGGAGUUGGGUGAGAACAAGAUAAUUUUUCAGUGUGGAGCAGAUGAGGUUCCUGAGGUCCUCUUAGGAACUAGAGAUAUAUAAAGAUGUUGGCUGUCUUGGGGCAGUGAAAUGGAUAUCUCUAAGUGAAGUUGUGGUGGUGAAAGGAGCUCAUAGCUUAAGAUAUAUAUGGGCAGGGAGACCAGGACUUUGGGUAUAUAAAGGUCAGGAAAAUGGGGGUACGGAAGCAGGGAAAUAGAUGAGCAGGGAUUUGUUGCUGUGGACACAACAGGAAUAAAUGAUGUGAAAGGCAUAUUUUCAUUUUGGUCAAGCUCUGAGCUGCAAUAAACUUUAGCCAAAGAAAGCUGGCCACUGUCCUGUAGUUCCUUUAACAUCCGCAUUAUUUCUUCAGCCACCCUAAUGAUGAAAAGGAGGUAUUCUUUCCCCGGAACCAAUCCAACUCCAGCAUGAACUCUAUGGUAGGAAACCACCAUCACCACCACAACCAUGCAGUUGACACAUGCAUGCCAUUGAUGGGAGAAGAGCGCAUUGAGAUGACAGAGCCCAGAAUCCAUGACCCUGAUUAUAGAGAGGUGAGUGAGCAACAGGCAUGGAGAGCUGAAUUGUUCUGAAAAGUACCGUAUUUUUCCGUGUAUAACACCCCCCAUGCAUUAGACGCUCCCUAGUUUUGGGGACUUAAAAUUAAGAAAAUGGGGGAGAGAUUGCCCCCGUGUAUAAGACUACCCCCCUUUUAAACUUUUUUUUAGUAAAAAAAAACCCUAGUCUUAUACACAGAAAAGUACGAUAAGUAGAGUGAAAUCUCUGUGUGAGCUAAAGAAAACACUGAGACCUUCAUUACUAACUGGGCCUUGCUAAGAAAUAAUGAAUUCAAAGCAAGGUACAGAGAUUUCAAUGUUUUCCACAGCUUACUUUAUUUCUGCGGGUCACAGGGAAGGAACAAGGAAAAGUAAGAGAAGUGGCAUUGGUCAAGAGGUGGGGGGAAAUAGAGGUGGGAGUCAUUGGCCUAAAGGCUUAGGAACUCUCUGAAUUUUCUUCAUUUUUAUUACGAUGUAUAUAUAUCACUUGAUUGUAAAAAACAACUUCAAAGCAAGGAAGCAAGCGAGUGAAUGAAUGUUAUAGCAGUAUGCCAAAACAAUCAAUUUCUAAAUUUGCCUUAAAUGAGCAUUUAGAAUCACAGAGAGCAGCAGGAAAACUAUUGGACUUCAGCAACCAGAAUGCAGCCUGUCUUUUUAUGGUCCUUUCAUUUAGAGAGCCAAGUGGCACUCCAACAGUGUGGGGAGUAAAUGUUUUCAUAGGCAGCCCUGGCUAAUGAGAACCUUUGUUGUUGAGACAGAAAAACAUGCACCUUCACAGCUCUGAGGGACAUCGUCACAAAUAUCUCAAGCUGAUGGAGAAGAUUCCCGAUGAUGCAGAGGCUACUGUAGUGCUUGUUGGUAAGGAGUCCUGAGCCAAAAUCUAGUACUGUGGCCUUGAGCAGGUCUCAUCAGGAGACCUGUGGUUUUAACAACAGUAACAUUCUUCCUUUUGCUGGCAUUGUCUCAUGGGGAGUUCAGGGGUUCGGUGCUGCUGCUACACUGGUGGAGCAGCCAUCUUAGCCUAUAUUCUCUCAGCCCAGGUUGGGAGGGGUUCAAACCCCACCAUGCGGUAGGAGAAGUAAUAUGGCUCCACUCACCUUUCAUAUGCCUGGCUGAAAACUGUCUUGGCAAAGGCAAAAAAAUGUAUUGGCCAGCAUAUUUGAAGUGUUCUGCUGCUGUGCUUGUCAUGACAGCAGCAUCUUUUGCAUUUUGCCAGUAUAAUCGAGCUUCUGUCAGGUCCUAUAGCCCCUCAGUUACAGCAACUCAAGUAUAGGAUUGCUUGUAAACCUGCUCAGAAUUUCUAGGUCAGUCAGAGGUUCUUGAUAGUGAAAAGACAAUUCUCUAGUAGGUUCUGCUUAGCUGUGGUAUGGAUGGAGGGAACUCCAGAGAAGCUUCUGAAUUUGGCCCUUGGCUUUGUUGAGGUGGCUUCAGAAUUAGAUCAAGAUCACCUCAUUAAUGGAGAUGUCAUUUUUCAGUUGCAGUCUUCCCUACUUCUGCAAAAAUAGGGAAUGGGGCAGUAACCUCAAACUCUGCAUACUCAGAUGUUGCAUCCUGUGUUACUCACACUGCCCACUGUUAGCAGGUUUGUAGAGAGGGCACUGCCAGCUGGUACUUGCAGCUAAGGGCUCAUCCACAUCUCUGUUUGCCCCACCACUUUCUCCUGGGAAAACCCACAGCUUACCUCCGAAUUGGACCAAAAGGAAAUCGGGUUUUCUGCAGACUGCUGUUUGUUCCAGUUCAGCCAUAAAAAGCGUAUUUUCCAGGGGAAAGCUGUGGGGCAAAUGCAAAACCACUUACAACCAUGCCUAGAAAGCACGGGACAAGGGGAAGUGUGGACAUGCCCUAAGUGUGUUCAUAUGUGUCAUUUUGCCAAGUCUCCCUAAACCUGGAGCAUGCUUCCUGAUCUCAGAAGCUUGUUGCUUCCACACUGAUCAUCAUGGUCUUAUGCUUCCCUUCCUGAUAGGUUGUGUUCAGUUCCUUGAGCAACCAACAAUGGCUUUUGUCCGUUUGAAUGAGGCUGUGUUCUUGGAGUCAGUCCUGGAAGUCCCAAUCCCUGUUCGCUUCAUCUUUGUCUUGCUGGGGCCAAGCCAGUCCAACAUGGACUACCACGAGAUUGGACGUUCCAUCUCCACUCUCAUGUCAGACAAGGUGAGGAGGAGCUGAGUGUUGGUUCAGGCUGGAGAAGACACAAGAAGGGUAGCAGCAAAGGUGCUGAAAGAUGCAUUAGGAAGGGAACAGCAUGAAGACGCAGUACAAUGCCAAGGCAGCACAAGUCAGGAAGGGUUUGUAGACUUGUUCCAUGCCUAGAAAGCACAGGUCUGAGUGGUUUUCUGCUUGUUAUGCUCCUUUCCCAGGGAAAACCCACUCUUUAGUGCUGGAGCAAAUGUCAAUCAGGAAAACACCCGAAUUGCUAUUUGCUCUGAUUGAGUAGUUUUCUGGAGGACAGGGAGGGCGGGGAAGCAGCAGGACAAAAGGAAGCAUGGAUAAGCAUGGUGGGGGCAAGUUGGGAGGCAGGGGAUGUUUGCUCCCCUCUGGCAUCACCUUUGUCAGCCAAUUGAUCCAGUAUUUCUGCACCACAGACUGCUCUGUGUAUGAACCCUCUUCCCUUUGCCUCCAGCCAUUUUCCUCCUUUGGUUGAAUACUCUGCUAAUGAUUUAUGCAUGCCCACACGCCCCCUGACUUGCCAGCAUGGGGGAUGUGGGGAACUGUAAAUAUGCAUGGGCUGCUCCCUUGGAAAGACUUCUGAUGCACAUUAAAGCAUAGAAGCCAGGCAAGAGGAAUGUGUUGGGUGGACAUGCCCUUUCAGAUGCCCCAAAUAGCUCAACUGGUGCAUUCCUUCACCAUGCUGUCCAAACACACUCCUCUAAGUAUCAAACAUUUUUCUGAAGGCUCUUCCCCACUUGCUAGAAGUUGUUUUUAUUUGCUUUGAAAUACUCUGUCCUGAAUUGGCUUCUGAAGAAGGUAUGCUAGCAAACUGACCAUAGCAACUUCCUUAAAAAACACACGUUAUUACAAUUUUUAAUCUUACAGUGCAUCCCACCGUUCAUAGGAUGGAAUAGGCGCAAGUCAAACAUUCAACAAUAUUGCACACUUGGAUAAAUUGUUAGUGAGAGAAUAGAAGGGAAAUUGUAUACUUUUGUGCAUAGACAACCAAGAAAAAAAUACAUGGUUAUCCACUGAAUAAAAAUUUCAUUAGAUUUAGUGAGCUCAUGCUCACAGUAACAAUGCUAUAUAUAUAUAUAUAUAUGGGAUGCGGGUGGCUCUGUGGGUUAAACCACAGAGCCUAGGGCUUGCCGAUCAGAAGGUUGGCGGUUCGAAUCCCCGUGACGGGGUGAGCUCCCAUUGCUCAGUCCCUGCUCCUGCCAACCUAGCAGCUCAAAAGCAUGAAAUACAAGUAGAUAAAUAGGUACAGCUCUGUCGGGAAGGUAAACGGCGUUUCUGUGCGCUACUCUUGUUCGCCAGAAGCGGCUUAGUCAUGCUGGCCACAUGACCCGGAAGCUGUAUGCCGGCUCCCUUAGCCAGUAAAAUGAGAUGAGCGCCGCAACCCCAGAGUCAUCCGCAACUGGACCCAACAGUCAGGGGUCCCUUUACCAUAUAUAUAUAUAUAUAGCACCCCAACAAUCUCCCCCAAAAGGCAAAAUAGACAUAAAAUAGCGAUGGUGAUAUGCCAGGACAGGAAUCAAAUGAACAGGGAUAGGUGGAGCAUAUGCUGUUGCCAUGACACUGAAUUAAUACAGCUGUCAAUCUGAACUGAGAAGAGAGUUACAGGGUUCUUUGAUGACACUGAGAUAAUAUUGGCUUUGAAAGUAGAUUGAUGAGCUCGUCUUGGGUCUGAGACAGCAUCACCAGGCAAUGUUAUACUGGAGGACAGAGGAUAAGUGAUGGGCUGCUCUCUGCCUGACUGACCAUCUUCCCUUGUUGGCUGACAGCAUUUCCAUGAAGCCGCUUACAUGGCAGAUGACCGCCAGGACCUGCUCAAUGCCAUCAAUGAGUUCCUUGACUGUAGCAUUGUCAUCCCUCCAUCAGAAGUGGAGGGGAAGGAUUUGCUCAAGUCAAUUGCCACCUUCCAGAAAGAGCUGCUGAGGAAGAGGAAAGAGCGGGACCAGAAGAAGUCCAUCAAAGAAGGGAAUGUUCAGGAAGCCAAAGGUCUCUUCUCUCUUUGCCUUUUGUACCUUGCCAUUCUGCUUCAUGGCCUGGGUAGGGUGGGUGAGGAAGGAUUAGCACAGUCCAUGUCUUGCCUCUGCAUCAGCUCAGAAGAGACACAGCACAAUUUCCUUCAUGCUGAGGGAGGGGGUACUUUCUGAAAGUUGGAGUAGGCAGGGAUGAGGAACCUGCAUCCGCCCUGUCUAGGGAUGCUGGAGGCUGGCACUGGGUGUGAAGGUAUCUUGCGUCUACUUCCCUCUCCCUCUCCCUCUCCCUCUCCCUUCCCCUCACCCCCACCAUGCUGUUCAUGUCUUUCCAGAGAUCUGUGAGGUAAAAGCUGAGGAGGAGGAAGAAGGCGAGGAGGAGGAUGAUCCUCUGAAGCGCACUGGCAUUGUCUUUGGUGGUUUGGUGCGGGACAUAAAGCGCAGGUACCCCAAGUAUCUGAGUGACCUCAAAGAUGCCCUGCACAGCCAGUGCCUCGCAGCUGUGCUAUUCAUCUACUUCGCUGCUCUCUCCCCCGCCAUCACCUUUGGGGGACUGCUAGGUAAUGAGUCCACCCUCCUCUUCCUUCCUCACCUCCCCUGCCCCACCCUAGUUCCUUGCUCAAGCUGGUUCCUGUUCAGCUAGGCUGCCCAAGAGAUUGAGCACAUUAGUUUAAUUUUUGCCUGUGCUUAUACUGGCUAAGUGGCUGGGAUUGGUUCAUCUGUGCCUGUGCCCUUGCUGGGCAAGUGGGUGGGCUCAGUUGGCUCUUGCUAUGUUCAGAUGGGUUUGGCUCUGUCCCAUUGCACUCUUGCCUGGCUCUGGGGCUUUCCAGUCUAUGCAUGUUCCUUUCCUGUUCUCUAUGGUAACAAUAAAAGCAUUUUACUACUCUUAAUAGUCACUCCCCAAUAUUGCUAAUUUGCACGCAACCCAGAGUCCUAAAUUGGAUGGGCAGAGGCCGUGUAGGACAGGAGAGGGUCUCAACAAAUCUCUGCAGAGAAACAUCAGUAAGGAUAAAAAUGGUCUCACGUAACCCACCAAAAUGCUGGGGGCCAAGGCUUGCAUGUGGACAUUGUGCUCAUAUCCUUGAAAGCAAAAAACAGUGCACAGGCACUAGACCUUAACCAUCUGGGGUAAGGAGAAAGAAUUUGUUUAAUGGUGAGAAGAAUUGCCCCUUUGUUAUUAAACAGAUUGGGGGUAUUUUAAGCCCAAUUACCCACAAUCCAUUCUUCUGUACGUGUUCAUGGGCACCAAUGUAUUUAUUACUUCUUAAGCACUUGAUGCAACAAUAUUGCUAAAGCAAAGUAGGUCUGAUUUUGAUCAGUUCCUGGAUGGGGGACUCUGCUUGCGAAUCCUAUGUAUGCUGCCUUAAGUUCCAUUAUGGAAGAAAGGUGGGAUAUAAAUGUAAAGAAAUAAAUGAUUUUUUAAAGAUGUCAUAUAAUAUAAAAAUAAUAAUAACUGUAACAGAGUCAUAUAUCCACUGACUUACAUUCUGCACUUUUCUCUCAUAUUAGAGGUAGAUCCAGACAUCAGUUUACCCUGCUCCAGCAGGGUGGAUACCAUUCUCCCUAGGACACAUCUGUUAGAAUUUAAUAUGAGGGAAUUUGCUCAUGUUGAGGUUCCUUGGCCUAACUGUUCCACAAAAUUAUCCAACAGUAGCGUAUCUGUGCAUAGAGGGACUCGUUGGCAGUGGCAAUUGAGAGAAAAGGCUAUGAGUUUUCUCCUGUGGGGAGCUCCACCCACCAGGGGGAGCUGGGCACAUGUUUCUGUCUGCCACUCUGCAGUUUGUCCCAGAGACAUUGCUCUUUCUCUACAGGUGAGAAGACAGACGGUCUCAUGGGCGUUUCGGAGUUGAUCAUCUCCACCUCAGUGCUGGGCAUGCUCUUUUCUCUGCUGGGUGCCCAGCCUCUCCUUGUCAUUGGCUUCUCAGGGCCUCUGCUGGUCUUUGAAGAAGCUUUUUACAAGGUAUCUGUAAACUGGUGUCUUCCUUGGUUCUACAUUGCCACUUUCACAUGCAGAUGUCCCACAUACUGCAAGCUGCUGUGCACUGCUUAUGAAGUGCCCAUAUAGGACACUAUAAGGCUUAAAUCUGGCCUAAUUCACACAUUACUUGAGUGGUGAGGGUAUCACCAAAAUUCCAAAUGGCAUGGGGGCAGAACUGUGUGAGAAACUGUUUUUGUUAACUUAUUUUCACCUAUAUGGAUGGGGUUUUAACUAGCUCAGUGGAAUCACCUGAAAAUGAGAGGUUUGUGUUCCCAUCUACAUGGGAGUCGCUGUACACAAAUGGAUUUAUUUCCUGCUUACAUGCUGCUCCCACACUGCUUAGGUAAUAACAUAAUUUAGCGACUUCAAGGCUGGAAUUGACUCCAUGCUGAGAGGUGACUCCUCUCAAAUAAUCCCCAUCAUCUUCUGCACCCUCUCAAAUCAUCACAAUAAUCUUCUGCAGCCUGUGAAUAGGGCUAUUUGGUUUAUUAAACAAUGUGCCUACAUUAUCCUUGUUGAGGAAAUGCUAUGCCCAUACCAGAGAGCGCCACUGCACAGGGUAGGAGCAUGUGCUCUCAGUUUAAUGAUACAGGAUGCAUGCAUUGCUUUAACCAAGGAGGCCCAACUGCCUCCAUCUGUCAUGGUGGGCUGAAAGAGUAGUUAUUGGCCAACACUGCUGCUAUUUCUGUUGCUUUGGGCAUUUCUGAUCUUUGCUUGCAUGGGAAUUUGCCCACAGAGUGUCCCUGAGUUACCUCAAGAGGGUUUGGCAAUUAUGGUGGGGCAAGACUCGAGCACAAAUUUCAAAAGUGUUUGGUGAUGGCUAUGCAGUACAGUGGAUAAUACUCAAAUGUGCCUCAAAAUAGCCUGGUAACGUUUUGGUAGUGCAAGACACUGGAUGCUGAUGACCAUGUAACUGAACAGAGGAUGAAGCCUGAUGAUUUCCUUUUCUUGCUGGGUUGUUUGGCACCUCCCCUCCAUCAAACCAGGAGGGGUUUAUAAUGCCUCAACUGCAGGCUUGCAUACUUCCCAGAGGAGUUGCACUAAAACUCUAUUUGUGUUGCCCUCCUGGGACUGCAAACACAGUGAGCUUGUCCAAUACAUAACAGUCUGCAACGUUUAGCAGGCCACAUGUUGUGCAGACUUGCUCUUCAAAAUGAGCCAAGGUGCAAAGAAUGGAAGGGAAACGUGCUCAAGCCAGUUCUCUUAUUUCUGUCACCUCUGUUUCUUUUUUUGGCAGUUCUGCCAGAGCCAGGGCAUUGAGUAUCUGACAGGCCGGGUAUGGAUUGGCCUCUGGCUUAUUGUCUUCAUUUUCAUCAUUGUGGCCGCUGAGGGCAGCUUCCUGGUGCGAUACAUCUCCCCCUUUACCCAGGAGAUCUUUGCCUUCCUUAUCUCCCUCAUCUUUAUUUAUGAAACAUUCUACAAACUUUACAAGGUGAGCUUUGGAUCUGGACCUGCCUGGCUGGCCUGCUGGUAUCAACUCUGUGCCAGCAUUAUGAGACAAACUGUGGGUUAUUGAUGACUUCUCGCACACCACCCUUGAGUAGGAAGAUGAACAACUCUUCCGUCUUUCAUGGCUGUCUGUAAGUGUCCUCUUUUCUGACACUAUAUUCCCAGGUAUUUACAGAGCACCCACUACUGAGGUUCUACCCGCCAAAUCUUCCAAGAGAUCUAAAUGGCAGCACAUUGCCUCCUGAUUCCAUGGCUCUUGACGCUCAGAUGCAGCCAAACACUGCCCUGCUGUCCCUCAUCCUCAUGUUGGGAACCUUCUUCAUUGCCUUCUUCAUGCGCAAGUUUAAGAACAGCCGUUUCCUAGGAGGAAAGGUGAGGCUAAGGCCUAAAUAGCAAGAAGUGUGGUGGCAUUACCCCAUACAGACAUCUAGCCUUUCCAUUCUACAUGUUCACUGAAGCAUGGUUUUCCCCCCUGUACUAAGAGCAAUAAUAGGUGGAGACAUUGUUCUGAUCCCCUUCCAUUCAUAGCUUUUUAUGAAGAGAGCCUGGCUCUAGUCAAUACCACGGAGGCCAAAGGUACAAUACUUCCCCCAGGAUGCUGAAGUUCAACCACAGAAAUGCAGAGGCUCAGCUGCGCACUCCACAGGGUACCUUUCCUCAACAAAGCGCUCUUCAGAUGUUUUGGACUCCAACUCUUACCAGCCUUGGGCUCCAUGGCUAAUAGUAAAUGAUGUUGGUAGUUCUAGCCCAAAGCAUAUGGAGGGCACCAAGUUGGGGAAGGUUGCUCUGGGGCAUGCCCAAAUGUUAUCAAGAUACCAUUUUGAAUCUGGCUGGCAUCCCCAUAUGAUUGACAUAUAAGGUGGCCAGGGACUGGCAGUGUAGUGGUGGAGAGAAGGGUCAGACAUCUUAGCAUCAUCUUUAGGAACUUUAUUCUACUAUACCAAACCUCAUCACCAAGCAUUUUAAGGCAGAGUCAUAUUCUUUGUGCAAUGGUGAGAAAUUCUUCAGUGGAUGAAAGGUCAGAUAGGGUCUUUUGGCUCAGCACCCAGCAACAUCUCCAGCACGCCCUGUGCUUACUUUCAUCUCCUGUGCUUGGUCUAUAGGCCCGGCGAAUCAUUGGAGAUUUUGGAAUCCCGAUCUCUAUCCUUGUCAUGGUUCUGGUGGACUAUACCAUCACUGAUACAUAUACCCAGGUAGGUACUGCCUGUUCCAACUCUUCACCACCCAGUGGGUAUGAGGGACAUGUGUUUUUCCAGGAGUUUGGACUUUAAUCUGAGACUUCCAUUGUCUAUGUGGGUGCCAGCAUCUGUGUCUUCUCAAUCAGUGUAAAUUUCACAUGAAAGCAAGACUUCUAAACAGGAAACAAAUCCAGUUCAGGCCAUUCCUUGAGUUACAUUGUUGAAUGUGUCCCUGUUACCUCUAGCUGGAUUGUCUGUGGAAUGUAUAGUCACCUAAGGACAGAAUGCAUGUCUGGCUGGGCUUCCGAAUAGUGUCAGAUGCUAUAUUGGCCUAGGGUGUUCAGGUUGGCUGUGGUGGCUGUGCUGAGAGAGGCAUACAUGCCUUUAGUGUGCAUACAAGCUGUAGUUUGGAAUUGUUAUCUACAAUUGGUAGUUUUAUCAUGUUAGGCUGGGAUUCCUUCUAAUCUGCAGUAACUUCAAAAUGGGGCUGUGUUUAGGACCAUCAGUCUUUGUUGAGGGCCUGAAGAGAUGCAAAAUCUGCCAAAAGAUGCAAAAUCUGCCAUGUGAAAACUUCUGUGAUCCCUGAUCAGUGUUCUAAACUAGAAAUGGAGUAAGGGAAGUGGGAUACAGUGGUACCUCGGGUUACAGAUGCUUCAGGUUACAGAAUCCACUAACCCGGAAAUAGUACCUCAGGUUAAGAACUUUGCUUCAGGAUGAGAACAGAAAUCAUGCGGUGGCGGCACGGCAGCAGUGGGAGGCCCCAUUAGCUAAAGUGGUGCCUCAGGUUAAGUACAGAUUCAGGUUAAGAACGGACCUCCAGAACGAAUUAAGUUCUUAACCUGAGGUAACACUGUAUUACAAAGCAAUGCGGAUGUUCUGCAUCCCAGCCACAUUUCCCCUGUGUGACUGCACAACCCAUCAUUAUAUACAUAUAGAGAAGCAGAGCCCACUGCAGACAGUGCACAGGUGUACUACAGAAGCUUGGGAAUUGAGCAAGCUCAGUGAAUGCAUCUGAGACCCAUUAAGACAUACACCCAUACGCCAGUACAGGCAUGUCCAAUUAACAUGACUUUGACAUAGAUGCCAAAAUAGAACAGCACAUUCCAAGCUUUCUGUGGCAUUCCUAAUGGAACUGGGACCUACUGGUGAAGGGUGGGUAAUAAAGUUCUUGUUGAUUAUGAUAUCUAUUCCAUGCAGAAAACAAGACUGAUGUCUUUUCCUCCAUGUUGUCACCACAGAAGCUGAAUGUUCCCUCAGUACUGUCAGUCACAACCCCCAACAAGCGUGGCUGGUUCAUCCAUCCCUUAGGAAGCAACCAGGUGUUUCCCAUGUGGAUGAUGUUUGCUUCUGCCAUCCCUGCACUUCUGGUCUUCAUCCUUAUCUUUAUGGAAACCCAGAUCACCACGUAAGUGCCAGGCCUCCACACUGGGGGCCAGCUCAUUCUGUACCUAUCACCCUGUGGAAAUGCUAAGUAAAAUUAAAUAAUUGCAGCAGCUGUAAUUGGAAUUGGUGUUGGGUGGGAAGAGAAGUCAGAAUCGAGGGGAUAGACAGAGUGACCCCUUCUGAGGGGAUGUGACAGCAGGCUCCUAACUUCAUUUGUCCCUGCUGUCUACAUUGAACAAUAAGGGACUACUGUUUCCAUAGCUCCCAGGAGGUCUUUUCUAUAGUGGGAUGCAUAUUAUUUGUCUUGUAUGCUCCCUUUGCUGACCACAUGCCUUGAUUCUUCCAAGUCUCCCAAUUAGAAAGAGCUGCUGCAAAAAAUAACAACAUUAAAUUCAAAAUACUGUGUGCCACUGCUCCCCUUGCUACAGCCAAAAUCUGUUACGUUGGUCACUGAAACUCGGGUUUGUUCUGCUCCCCUCCCUUCCUAUCUCCUUUGCAGCCUAAUUGUCAGCAAGAAGGAGCGGAAGUUGAUAAAGGGAUCGGGCUUCCACCUUGAUUUGCUGCUCAUUGGUACAAUGGGAGGGCUCUGUGCCCUUUUUGGGCUGCCUUGGCUCACGGCUGCCACGGUCCGCUCAGUCACCCAUGUCAACGCCCUCACAGUCAUGAGCAAGGCCAUUGCACCUGGUGAGAAGCCAAAGAUUGAGGAAGUGAAGGAGCAGCGUGUGACAGGAGUGCUCAUCGCUGGCCUUGUUGGUGAGGUCCACACAGAGGAGCUUGUUCUCUGAGGUGGUUGUGUGCAUCUUAGCUCAUUUGAGCAACCUGAAUUUGUUCUGCAGGCAUUCAUUCCCCUGUGGUGUAGUGACACUCUCUACUUGUGGCAUACUGUGGUGGUGGUGGGGUGGGGUGGAGCUUGUGGGAACAUGGCUCCAUGAAACUAGUGGACACAUACAGUAAAACAGUGAGCCUGCAAAUCUCCUUGUUCUUUCUAACCAUAGUUCUGUGUCUCUAUAUUAAAGCAUCAGGCCUAUUCAGUAUAUAUCCAGGGGUGUACAUGUGUGUCAAUGUCAGACAUUGUCCCAUGUUCUGAUCGUGAAGUAUGGGUGUACCUGUGUGUAGAAAGAGAAUGCAACACUGUAUCCUGCUCUUCAGGCCUGUCCAUCGUGAUGGGGAAUGUACUACGCCAGAUCCCAUUGGCUGUGCUGUUUGGGAUUUUCCUAUAUAUGGGUGUGACGUCACUGACUGGCAUCCAGCUCUAUGAGCGGCUCCUCCUUAUCUUCAUGCCAUCCAAGCACCACCCUGAUCAUGUCUAUGUUGUCAAGGUAGGUGCACUGGGGAGUGAGGAGUGAUGAAAGGGGUGGCAAGUUCAGUGGGUGGCAAGUUGAGAUGGGCCUGAAAAUAAAGAUGGGGAAGGACAGGGGAAAGGCAUGCAGUGGCUGGCUUGACUGGCAUGGGGAGGAAACCACUCACUGAGUGGUACCAGCACAGCUUUAUGAUAACCCUUCCAUAGAAGGGAAUGGAGUAUUACUCUGAAGGUCAGGUACUUUGUCAAGUGCUAAAAAAUAGAGCUGCCCAAAGAAGGGUGCAUCAUCUGGCUUGCUUACCUUUAGGUGAAGACCUGGAGAAUGAACCUGUUCACAUGCAUCCAGCUAGCCUGCAUUGUGCUGCUGUGGGUGGUGAAAUCCACUGUGGCAUCGCUGGCUUUCCCAUUUGUCCUGAUCAUGACAGUCCCCCUGCGACGAUUCCUGCUGCCACGUUUCUUCCAUGAGAGAGAACUCAAAGCGGUAAGCAAACACCAUUGCCUGAUGUCUUAAACUGUUAUGGGAGUCCCAGUCCUUCUUCAGCCAUUGGUCCAAAGUGUAUGCAUCAGAUUUGGUUAAAUGGUCAAUAUCAUAACUAAAAAACUUUUCAUGGCAUCGUGAUAUGUUUGAAGCUGGAGAGCAAGAGACUCUGUUGUCCCUUCUUUACUGUCCUGCAGUACUGUAUUGGAGAACCACAUUGUGAAUUUUCCCAGAGACGACCCAAAUCUGCCUGUAGACUCAUUGUGCUCUGAGGUCUCUGCUCUGAAAAAGAGAUGGCCUUGGACCACCUUGUAUUUGAAUGGCUGCUUAACUCUUUUCUUCUGUCCUUUCCUCCCACUUGCAGCUGGAUUCCGAGGAUGCAGAACCAAACUUUGAUGAAGAUGGGCAGGAUGAGUACAAUGAGCUUCACAUGCCUGUGUGAGAAGUUGGCAUGUGUCUACUGGCCCUGGUACUCCCUUGGCUUCAUGGGAUAAGCCUUCUUUCCUUGUGCUUUCCUGCAACAACCACCAACCUGAAGUGGCUUUGAAAUGAUUGUGGGCCUGGACCAACUGGCAGCUGUGUCAUAGCCCUUCAAGGAAGCUCCAGGCCACAAAAGAAGCUUGGGCCAAGCAGCGCAAGAGAUGCUGCCUUCUGGACAGACAAAGAAUAUGGGGCCAGCACCCCCCCCCCAUUUCCCCCAAGCAGAGCUUGUUGGUGUUGGUGCUGUGCCAUGCGUAGGCCAGAGUAGGUACCUUAGCCAGCUCUCAUUAGCCUCCUCCCCUCAGAAGAGAAGUAGACUGCACUGUUUUGCUACGGGGAGAAAAGCAGCAGGCCAGCAAAGGAAAAGAGCAGCUAGGUCCUGCCAGAAAUGCCAAGCCUGAUAGCAUUCAUGCAGAGCCAACAGAUUCCUGGGGUGGGAGAUUUCACAUGCACCAACUGGUCUCUCCAUGCUGAACCAUUGCCAUUCAGUCCCAUGACUGUGCCCAUGAACAUUCAACAGCCUGUGGUCCACCUGCCAUUCUGCAUGAUGUCCUUAGCUAAGAUUUCCUGCCCACAGAAGACUCUGAACCUCUUCCAUUUGAGGAAUGGCAGUGAUGAUUGCUGAAGCCAGUAAACUGCUGGGUGAGUUAGCAAGGGCCUUAUGCACCCUGAUUUGCUCUCAAGUAUAAUGCAGGUACUUGUGCAAUAUCCAUGUGCAUAUGCGUCUGCUUGUGCAUGGUGCUGUGCCUGUUCUCACCAUCUCUCAGGACAGCCGUAAAGGUUGCCCAAAGAGUAGACAGUGAUUUGUGAAGUAGAUCUCCACCCCUUAGACAGGAAAAGGAAGUGCAGGUAAAACUUGCCAACAUAACCUGGAGACCAGGAAACAGCUAACCUAAUGAUUGAAUGAAGACUAUGAUCAUCUCACGAUCAGGAAAUCAUCACACAGAUUUGACACCACUCUUGUGGCUCACUGCCCUCUUGAGGCCCAGUGGAAAACAGGAACUCCCAACAUCAGUGUAGUAGGCAAGCAGCAAAAAGCCACACCAGGUACAAACACUGGCACCUUGGCCUUUGGUAUUUGCCUGAUCACAUAACAGAACCUCUUACCUAUUGUACUAGACUUUGUGCUUCAGACUACAACUCCUCCUUCAGUAUUUCCAGCUUCAUCUUGUUUCUUGCUGUAGCCUCUUCCUCACAGCUCCUGCUCUAUUCUCCAUCCUCCGCACGGCUAUUGCAUUUCUCACCUUGUUCUUGCCUUGUAGUGGCCCCAGCUUGAGCAAGAUUCACUACCAGAUCCAAGUCUCCAGGAGGCCACUCCCUAGCCUGGCCUCAGCAACUGGAAUGGGGAUGGCUUUGAGGAGGGCUGAAGUACUCUGCCACUGUGGCAUUGAGCCAUUGCACUGUAUGAGCCCUCUGUAGCACUUGGGGCUUCUCGUCAUUCAUCCCUUGACAUUUCCAAGUUGGUGGCCUCCCAUUCCUGGCUCCUCCUCAGUCCCUCACAACCACUCCCCCAACACCAUCAUCAGCUGCCUUCUUGUACUCUUAAACCCUGCUAUUUUCAUAUUUCAACUGCCAUAUAAAGAAAAUUCAGAUUUUUGUGAUAGGACUAAAUUUCACAGAGAUAUACAUUUGUUUCAGUCACCGAAUCUGAUUUUUAGAAACAGAAUACUGUCCUCCCUUGUACUUCAUUGGUGAAUGUCAUGUAUCUAGUCCUGGGCACUGCACAGGUGGUGUGUUCCAUGCGGUUGAGCACAUGCACAAACACCAUCAGUGCAAGGUUUUGAAGAGCUGCUCUCCCACUGGGCCAUCACAUGUGACUCUACACUGUGAUGUCCUGUAGCUAAAUCUGUUCUGUUAGAUUACGUAUAUGGAAUAAUGGGGUGUGCAAAUGUGCCAGCUGUGACUCCUGCCGUAGUCAGGCAUAAAACUAUGUGGCUUAAGAGUUUGGCUCAUGGAACUACUCCGGGCCAUUGCUUGUUCCCUGUCUAUAAAAUGGAGGCUGUCCCUCCCCACCUACCUCAGGGGCUGCCUGCUGAUGGCUGGGUAGUUAUGAGGCCAAAUGUUUUCCUCUACUCAUUCCCAGCUGGCUGCCAGCCUGCCCCACCCAUAGACAGUGACCUCCAUUGUGCCCUGCAUAGCCAGGAUUAGGAAACUUGAACUGUUGGGGGCAAAGUCCCUGGUACUCUGCCUGUGCAUUACGACUCCUCUGAAUGUAAUAGAAAUGGAUAUGCACCAAUAAACCCUUCACUGGAG